CUCCGGCAGACUCGCACAGCGCUGCAUAUAAGGUAUGUUUUAAUCUCUUCUAAUGGGGUUGUGAGGGGGCAAGUCACCUAAAUGGUGUUUUUAACACUAUAGGGUCAGGAAUACAUGUUUCUGUUCCUGACCCUAUGGUGUUCUUUUAAUGAAGACUAGAAAAGGGCAGAAUUUUUAAACAACUAUUUUUACUCAGUAUAUAUUAAGAAGGAUUCUAUAGUAAGAGAUAUGUAAGUAUCCGUAGACAUUGCUUACCUAGAUUUCCGUAAGGCUUUUGACACUGUUCCUUAUAGAAGGCUUAUCAAUAAACUACAAUCUUUAAGUUUGGAUUCAAAUAUUGUUGAAUGGGUUAGGCAGUGGCUAAAUGACAGGCAACAGAGGGUUGUUGUCAAUAGAGUAUAUUCGAAGCAAGGUCUAGUUACCAGUGGGGUACCUCAGGGAUCUGUACUUGGACCCGUUCUCUUUAAUAUAUUUAUUAGUGAUAUUGCAGAAAGUCUUGAUGGUAAGGUAUGUCUCUUUGCUGAUGAUACUAAGAUAUGUAACAGGGUUGAGGUUCCAGGAGGGAUAAGCCAAAUGGCAAUUGAUUUAGGUAAGCUAGAAAAAUGGUCAGAGCUGUGGCAACUGACAUUUAAUGUGGAUAAGUGCAAGAAAAUGCACUUUGGACAUAAAAACCCAAGGGCAGAGUAUAGGAUAUUUGAUAACCUACUAACCUCAACAUCUGAGGAAAGGUAUUUAGGAGUAAUUAUUUCAGAUGACUUAAAGGUAGGCAGACAAUGUAAUAGAGCAGCUGGAAAUGCUAGCAGAAUGCUUGGUUGUAUAGGGAGAGGUAUUAGCUGUAGACAGAGAGAAUUGCUUGUGCCAUUGAACAGAACACUGGUGAGACCUCACUUGGAGUAUUGUACGCAGUACUAAAGACCGUAUCCUCAGAAGGAUAUUGAUACUCUAGAAAGAGUUCAGAGAAGGGCUACUAAGCUGGUUCAUGGAUUGCAGGAUAAAAAUGACCAGGAAAGGUUAAAGGAUCUUAACAUGUAUAGCUUGGAGGAAAGACGAGACAGGGGGGAUAUGAUAGAAACAUUUAAAUACAAAAAGGGAAUCAACACAGUAAAGGACAUCUUAAAUUAGAGGGGCAAAGGUUUAAAAAUAAUAUCAGGAAGUAUUACUUUACUGAGAGGGUAGUGGAUGCAUGGAAUUGCCUUCCAGCUGAAUUGGUAGAGGUUAACACAGUGAGGGAGUUUAAGCAUGCGAGGGAUAGACAUAAGGCUAUUCUAGACUUAAGAUAAGGCCAGGGACUACAGUAUAUACUCGAGUAUAAGUCUAGUUUUUCAGCACAUUUUUUGUGCUUAAAAACCCCCACUCGACUUAUACUCGAGUCACUGUCUGUAUUAUGGCAACUUAGAGAGCAGCGGCCGUCAGAGCCAUGGCAACGAUCCGCGCGGCAACCAUACCGCGAGACUUACAGUGGAGCUGACCGGAACGGAGGAGAAGGGAGCUGACAGGAGCUGCAGGAAAGGUAAGUAAAUGCUUCCUGCCGGCCCCCCCCACUUCACAGCCCAUGCCACUGGACCACCAGGGAUUAAGAUAGCCCCCCUCCCUGACCAGUUAACAAGCAGGGAGGGGGGGACAAAAAAAAUAAUUAAAAUAAAAAAAUAAUAUUAAAAUAAAAAAUUUAAAUAAUAAAAAUGCCCUCCCCCCACCCAGUUCACACACACUACACAAACACACACUCUGCAUUAUAUACACAGAGUGUGUAUAUAUAAUGCAGAGUGUGUGUUUGUAUAAGUGUGUGUGUGUGUGUAUAUAAUGCAGAGUGUGUGUUUGUAUGAGUGUAUGUAUAUAAUUAUAAAAAUCACAGAAUUUCAUAGCCCCAAGUUUUACCCUCGACUUAUCCACGAGGCAUAGCAUAUUUCACGAUUGUUGGUCACAAAACUGCACUCGACUUAUACAUGAGAUCGACUUAUACACGAGUAUAUACGGUAAUUAAAAGUAUUUCGAAAUAUUGUGCAGACUAGAUUGGCCGAAUGGUUAUCUGCCAUCACAUUCUAUGUUUCUGUCAAAUAAUUCUGAGAUAAGCAUUAUUAAUGGUGAUCUUUGUGGGGAUAUUUAUGGGUGAUAAAUAUAAAAAUAAUAUUUUCAUAAAAAUUAUCAAAAUUAAUUUAAUAAUUUUUAUUAUAUCAAAAUUUGAUAUCUCGAGAAUUACCCACUAUUUAAUUCUCUUAGAUCCUAGAGAACAAUCAUUAUGAGGAUUUUACUCCAUACAAUAAAUCACAAAUUCUAUUAUAAAAAUAUAAUUUAUUGUGACAUCAUAAUAAAAUAAUAAUAAUAAUAUGUAACAUGCAUGAUAAUAAUCAGUGAAUAUUUAGUAUAACUGAAAUGGAAAAAUCAAUCAAUACAUUGAUUAUUUCUUUGUGUAUCUGCCCCUGGCCAAAUCAAUGAAACAAUGCGUGCACGCUCCCCAGGGCCGGCGCGUCCAUAAGGCGGCACAGGCGGCCGCCUUAGGGCGCACGGGCUCUGGGGGCGCAAUAUUUCAGUGACCGGCAGGAGGGAAGCACUCCCUCCUGCCAGGCCACCAUCUCGACCCCCGGCGCGGCAGUGCUGUGAUCAGGCGUGGCGAGGGAGCUCUAAUCUCCACCCUCUGCUCCCUCGCGCGCUGCCUGCUGAUGCCGCGGGAGCCGGAAUAUGACGUCAUCAACCCGGCUCCCGCGGCAUCAGUAGGCAGCCCGCGAGGGAGCAGAGGUGGAGAUUAGAGCUCCCUCGCCGCGCCUGUUCACAGCACUGCCGCACGCCUCCCAGCAGCCCCAGGGACCGAUCCAUAAUCCACACCAGCUCUCCAGGUAGGGAGGCUGGGUGGAAAAUAUGUAUUUAUAAAAUAAUUAGUGAAUGCAUGUGAUGUGUGUCUGUGAGUGACUGUGUGUGUGUGUCUGUGAGUGACAGUGUGUGUGUCUGUGAGUGACAGUGUGUGUCUGUGAGUGACUGUGUGUGUGUGUCUGUGAGUGACAGUGUGUGUGUCUGUGAAUGACAGUGUGUGUGUGUCUGUGAGUGACAGGGUGUGUGUCUGUGAGUGACUGUGUGUGUCUGUGAGUGACAGGGUGUGUGUCUGUGAGUGACUGUGUGUGUGUGUGUGUGUCUGUGAGUGACAGUGUGUGUGUGUCUGUGAGUGACAGAGUGUGUGUGUCUGUGAGUGACAGUGUGUGUAUGUCUGUGAGUGACAGUGUGUGUGUGUCUGUGAGAGACAGUAUGUGUGUGUCUGUGAGUGACAGAGUGUGUGUGUCUGUGAGUGACAGUGUGUGUGUGUCUGUGAGCGACAGUGUGUGUGUGUCUGUGAGCAACAGUGUGUGUGAGUGACAGUGUGUGUGUGUGAGUGACAGUGUGUGUGUCUGUGAGUGAUUGUAUGAGUGUGUGUGCGAGUGUAUGAGUGUGUCUGUCUGUCAAAUCAGUGAGAGUAUGUUUGUCAUUGAGUCUGUGUGUGACUAUCAGUGUGUCUGUCAAUGAGUGUCAAUCAGUGUGGGUCUGUCAGUGUCAAUGAAUGAGUAUGUGUCAGAUCAAUGAGUCUGUGUCUGUCAGUGACGUCUGUGUGUUUGUCAUUGAGUGUGUGACUGUCAGUGUGUACAGAGUGUAGCGGAGCAGAGCGUGGUACAGGAACUUCUGUUUCCUGUACCUGGCCAGACUGACAGGAGGUGCUCACAGAGAGAGCACUCCCUGUCAGUCCGGCCGGGUACAGAAAACUGAAGCUCCUUUAGGGGAUCAGCUCCAGUCGGCAAUGCAACAAUAGAGGUAGGAGGCACACCAGGAAGGGGAGUGUGACCACUAAAGGGGUGUGGGGUGCACCAAGGGACAGGGAGGGAAUGGGAGAGAAACACCAAGAGACAGGGAAAAGAGGGGGGAGGGGAGAAGAACACUAAGGGACAGGGAAGGGAAGGGACUACUAAUGGUCAGGAAGGGGAGAGGGUCUGGUUAAGAGGCACAUAGGUGAAGAUGUUUUUUUUGGGGGGGGGAGGGGGGGCGGAAAAAUGCAUCUUCGCCUAUGUACCUAAAAAUCCAAGCACCGGCCCUGACGCUCCCUGAAGUAAUUCACACCAGACACAGGUUCCAGGUUGUUGAAUAACUUGAGGAAUGUUUAUUCAGAGGGGACGGCAGGUCCCUUUUAAAGCAAAAUUACAUCAUAAGCAUUGUCAGAGAUAACAUGGAAUUAUACAUCAAUAAUUGGUUAGGUGUUAAGUGGUCGCUCUAAUGCUAUGCCUACUGAAGGUGAUGUCAGCAGGGCCAUGAGGGUCUCCCACGGUUUCCCGGCGCCAUCUUGCUGCACGAGGUAGUUAGUAGGUGUUAAAGGGAGAGGGAGGGAAGGAGGGGUUAGAAGCUUCUAGCAGCCAUUUUGAUUAACACAUGUGUGCUUGGCUUAGAUAUAUGUAUAUAGUGGAAUGAGUAAAUAGACAUUUUCAUUAACCUGGAAAUAUGUGCAGACCUUAUUUCCACAACAAUAACGUAAGUAUACAACAAAAUGGCAAUGGUUUUAAACAAAUUCAAUGGCUACAGCAUCAACUGUCGAGACUUACAAAUUUACGAUAUGUAAACAAUCCCACAGGACACAGAAAGCUAAACUUCACAGGACACAGAAUUCCUCAGAACGCACAGCACAACGAAAAGCCAUAAAAUCUUGGCUCACAGUCUGAUUAACUGAGUAACCCUUUCAAUGCUGGCUAGAUCCUUCUAGGCACAUAAUAUCCUACGUUCAUAACCAUUAACCAUUCCAUGGAACCAUCCAAUAAGAAACAAUCUACCAGAUUUUUACAAAAUACGAAUUUAACUCUACAUAAGAUACAGAGCAAAUCAAUACACCUGGAUAAAAACAGUGGUAUGCUAACAUGUGAUAAUAUCACAUUAAUAUAUAUAUAUAUAUAUAUAUAUAUAUAUAUAUAUAUAUAUAAUUAUCUUGAUUCCACCUGCAGAAUGGAAUGUCUUUAGUUAACUAAGAUUUCUAAAUAUUGAAAUCUGACUGUGAUUUAUCCAGUCAUAUAUCAUGCUAUUAGUACAUUUUUAAUUACCGUAUAUACUCGAGUAUAAGUCGACCCAAAUAUAAGUCGAGAUCCCUAAUUUUACCCCAAAAAACUGGGAAAACUUAUUGACUUGAGUAUAAGACUAGGAUGGGAAAUGCAGCAGCUACUGGUAAAUUUCUAAAUAAAAUUAGAUCCCCAAAAAAUUAUAUUAAUUGAAUAUUUAUUUACAGUGUGUGUAUAUAAUGAAUGCAGUGUGUGUGUAUAUAAUGCAGUGUGUUUGUAUGAAUGCAGUGUGUGUGUGUGUGUGAGUGCAGUGUGUGUGUGUAUGAAUGCUGUGUGUGUGUAUGAGUGCAGUGUGUGUGUGUGUGUGAGAUGCAGAGCCUUGGUGGGGGGGUGGGCAUUUUUAUUAUUUUUUUAAAUUAUUAUUAAUAUUUUUUUUAUUUUAAUAUUAUUACAUUUUUUAUUUAUAUUUUGUUUUGUCCCCCCUCCCUGCUUGUUAGCUGGCCAGGGAGGGGGGCUCUCAUUCCCUGGUGGUCCAGUGGUGUGCACUGUGUAGGAGGGGAGGCUGGCAGCGAGCUGUGACUUACCUUUCCGGUCAGCUCCCUUAUCCUCCACUGUAAGUCUCACGGCCGCGCGGAGCGUUCCCCACAACUCUCGCGAGAUUUACAGUGGAGCUGACAGAGGAGCUGACCGGACCGGAGGAGAGAGAAGGGAGCUGACAGGAGCUGCAGGAAAGGUAAGUUAUAGCUCGCUGCCAGCCCCCAACAGGACCGCCGGGCUUGUAAUGAGCCAUAAUACAGACAUUAAAGGACCACUCUAGGCACCCAGACCACUUCAGCUUAAUGAAGUGGUCUGGGUGCCAGGUCCCUCUAGGAUUAACCCUUUUUUAAAUAAACAUAGCAGUUUCAGAGAAACUGCUAUGUUUAUGUUAGGGUUAAUCCAGCCUCCAAAUCCUGUAGUGGCUGUCUCAUUGACAGCCGCUAGAGGCGCUUGCGUGAUUCUCACUGUGAAAAUCACAGUGAGAACACGCAAGCGUCCAUAGGAAAGCAUUGUAAAUGAUUUCCUAUGAGACCGGCUGAAUGCGCGCAGCUCUUGCCGCGCGUGCGCAUUCAGCCGAAAGGGAGGAGAGGAGGAGGAGAGCUCCCCGCCCGGCGCUGGAAAAAAGGUAAGUUUUAACCCUUUCCUCUCCCCAGAGCUGGGGAGUGCCAGAAAAUGAGUAUGUUUUCCUGGCACUAUAGUGGUCCUUUAACUCGAGUAUAAGACGAGUGGGGGGUUUUCAGCACAAAAAAUGUGCUGAAAAACCCGACUUAUACUCGAGUAUAUACGGUAAUUGAAAUUAAUUAAAUAAAACCAGCAUAAUUACCAGUUAUGUAGAUGUUCUCAUCAGAUAAUCAGAUAGUCCCAGGAAUGAAUGGAACUGUGGUUAAUGUUUGUAAGGAGGUGUGCAUGUGAUAGAGAAAGAAAUAUAAGUGUCUAGGAAGUGUUUCUUGAGUUGAGUCCCAGAGAGUUUGAGAGUUGAGUGUUAGUCCCAGAGUGUCCUGGAUCUCUCUUAAUGUCCGAAUCUGAAUCUAAAUGUGAAUCUUCCUCUCUUCCCUUUGUUCCUACUUUUUAAAGGGCCAGACUCUCUGUACGUCAUUAGUUGAUCAGGCGAAUAGGAAACUGUAGGUGUGUCUAGUUUAUCUAGUAUCAUCUAAUUUUUGAUCAAUAGAUGACGCCCUUAAAUCAGCAAAAUUUCUUGUCCUCGAAAGAGUUAACUAAUUUUGAUGAUGAUUCUGAUGUAAUUUGGCUUAUCUAUAAUGACUGCUAUCAAUCGCCAGACGUGUCAGUUCAAAGCAUUUUCUUUGGUUUUUCCUAGUGUUGUCUCAGACAUCAUGGCGGCAAUAUACCUUUAAAUCUAUUUUCUGACACGUCUAACCCUUAAUUUUACCCUAUUUCUUAAAAUUGGACCUUGUAAGAUUUAGAAAGUAAAAUUAAUUGCUAAGUCUUAUCUAUCACUGGUAUCUGGCUUUCUUAUGUCUGCUUUCUUAUGUCUGGUCUUUUUGUGAAGCUGUAUGUGUAGGAUUAUUUUUCUAGUCCACUGACAUUUAUUAAAUAAUAUGAUAUUUCUUCAUGAAUAUUUAUCCAUGAAUGGUCUAUUUUAUUAACAUAAUACUAAUUAUAUGUAAUUAAUAUAAUUGUAAAAUAAGUGUAUCCCUGGUGGUCUAGUGGUGUGCACUGUGUAGGAGGGGAGGCUGGCAGCGAGCUGUAACUUACCUUUCCUGCAGCUCCAGUCAGCUGCCUUAUCCUCCACUGUAAGUCUCGCGGCCGUGCGGAGCAUUCCCCACGACUCUUGCGAGAUUUACAGAGGAGCUGACCGGACCGGAGGAGAGAGAAGGGAGCUGACAGGAGCUGCAGGAAAGGUAAGUUACAGCUCCCUGCCAGCCCCCAACAGGACCGCCGGGCUUGUAAUGAGCCCGGUGGUCCUUGUCUGUAUUAUGGCUGAUGGCUAGAGUUACUGAAAGCAAGAAGAAAUUAUGUGUCUUUGUUAGCCUGAAGAUCCAAAAUGGAGUCAGCUUGGUUUUAAAUGUGACUGGCAGUAGACACUUUUAAUUUCUAUCUUAGCACAAAAUGUCUGCCUAUAUAAAUAUCCUGAAAUCUUGUUCAAGGCCCUAUAAUCAAUACAUGGCCAUAACUCUCCUCCUUUCUUAGUAACAAAAAAGAACCCUGCACCUGCAGGAUGUAUGUCGUAAUGUCAGGAUUGUAGUUGAUCCAGCAUGCAGAAUAGUAUCACACCUAGGACUAAGGAUAACGUCUAACUGGAUCUUAGAAUGGCCGGACUUAACGUACCGCAGAAUAGUCAAAAUACUUGCCGAGAUCAGGGACACAGAAUGAGACACAACGAUUAGGAAAAGCCAGAAGUCAAGGAUACCAGAAAUCAGAGAAGUCAAAGCAAAGCCAAAGUCAAAUACCAGAAAAGGGGGCGGAGCCUGACAUUUGAACUAACCAGACGUGCUUCGUAUGAUCUUCUGCCGUAGCUGCUGAAUCCCCUGUGAUAUCUUGGGUUACCGAACUGGGAGCUUUGAGCUGAGUUGAUACCUACUUAGGGGGCAACUCACUGAAUAUUUUGAGACCUCUCUCGGGACCCCCGAACACCGGAACCCGCAGCGGCAGUCUGAGGCCUACCAACACUUGAGUUGGGCAAGUACGGCAUCGAAACAUCCCCUCAUAGCUCCCUGGAGCGACUCCUACAGAGGCUCGACAAGCAUUUCCAGUGCUUUUGGGAUGCUCUGGAGAUCCGCAGAGCUCUGUUACCACCCCAAACAUGGAGGGGUGAGAGCCAGAGGGCGCGGGGAACUCACUUGGGCCUAAUUUUUACUCAUAAGCCAGUACUUCCUGCUGCUGGGCUACCUGGGCUGAGGGCCACUGUAAAGGAUCCUGCUAUUCGUGCAGCGCUGAUCCUUGUAACUUCUCCUGAAAUCCAGCUGUAGUAAAGUGAUUAUAGCUCCCAAUCCCUCAAACAUGAGUCGAGACUUCAUGAAGGGGUAAAACGAUCUGAUUUAAUGAGGGCUACCUGCCCGGUAUUUAUGUAGGUCUCCCACCUGGUGAACACUCCCCUAGGGGACCAGAUGGAAGACUGGGACAAAAGAAUUACAGUAGCCAAUCGCAGUGGCUCAAACAUAAGUACUCCCCUCUGCAUAGGUAAAUCCCUCCUCUCUAUCCUGGAGAUAAUUAACUUAAGUGGUGGAAAAAACCCUAAUUAUCUCCAGGUAGAGAAAAACAUGUCUUUUUUAUAUUUUCCCAAAACAGUAUUAAAAUCUAUAACUUGUAUUUCACCGAACAUAAACUUUAAGUCCCACAUACCCCCAGAUAGCUUGGAUCUGAGCGCACAUUAUAGUCGAAUAGCGCUCAGAUCCCACGAACACAGUUCUCAAUGUCGUCGAAUGAAGUUUUGAUUUCACCGGUUGUUCGCGAGAUUGUAUCCGAGAAAGAGUUUCAUAACUGUAGCUAUCUGGGGUCGGUCUAUUUUUUAUCGCAUAAAAGUCCCGAACGGUAAAGUGUUCCAGGCAUUCGUGUGUUUAUAGCCGUAUGAACGGGGACCUUGGUAGGCGCCAGCGGUGUUCGGCGGAAUAAGUGUCCGAAAAUAGUUCCAGGGCAUCGCCGCCAUUUACCGCUGAGUGUUCGACGAUUUAAAAUGGCGACUGCCACGUGUUCGGCAGACGAACGUGGACCACCACACUUUUCCCCAAUUACUCUGUGGUUAACCGCAAGGUCUGGGUGGUAAAUGAGCGACACACGACCUCAAUGGGAGGUCGGGUGAUUCGGUAGUUUGUUAGUUUUAUUUGUAUUUGCACGAAAUAGCUACACAUACGCAUGAAUAACCGAAAGGCUGUUUCUCAGAGUCUGUUUAACAUGGGAUUUCGUUACAGCCAACAUGGGCUUGACCCUGAGACAUCGCCCACAUCGACCUAGCGCUCCCGGCCGCAGGCGGCGGCACACCAUCAGAGCCCCCCACCACUCCCAAUCUGGGAGGGACUCGGCCCACCAGGGCAACUGAGUCUGUGGACCAGAGAUGUCAGCCUCCAUACAGGCCUGGGGCUGGAGGGAGCAUCCAACUCGCCCCCAACGUGCCACCACCUCUGACCGACACCCCGCUACAGGCAUCAUAAACGCCGAUAAGGGCUGGAAGCCAUGAAGUGCCUCAUAGAGGAGAUGCAACAGAGCUACCUCUGAAGGACUCAAUAGCUACCUCCGAGCAGUGCCCAAAUGAGGAGUAGGUGAAGAACCUCUGUAUGGGAGACAGCUUGCAUACCAGAUGCCAACCACCUGCUAUAUCAGUGGAUAACCCGAAGCUAAUUGAUGCCCAAAUCCUUGAGGCUGCGACCCAAGAUCUCCCCUGAGCUCGUUUGACAUACUUUCUAAAUAUGACCAUUUCUUUUUAGCAUGAGCCCUGACACCAACUAGCUUACCUACUUGCCCUCACAUGUUUUACUGUUAGCAAUGUUGGGUAUGGGAGUCCCAGUGGUACAUGCUUAGCAGACACUAGCUACAUGAUUUCAGCAUGUCUAAUUUUCUUUUAUUUUCUUAUCUCUCAACAUGUCCUACACAUAGAGAGGCAUCUCAUACUAACUAGCCUAUCUUCUCUGUAGCAAGCAUUCCCUCUUUAUUAGACCGCAAUCUUUUAAACUGCAUGUCUUGAAAAGUUCCAGCCAACAAGCAUGUUAAGUACCAAGCGUUUAGACAGGAACACUCAAACAGUAUAUAUUGCUCCAUACAUAAUGAUUAUAUGUACCUAGCUAACCUGAGAAUGCGAUGUUCCUUAAAACAUAAAAUGAAGCAGACACUCAUGUGAGAAUAUACCAAUGUUAUUGUUUACUGUACUCAUGUGCUUAUUCACGGAUAUAUAUCUCCUUUUCUUCCUUUCUGUAAUGUUCCCAUAAUGCUUAAUAAUGCAAAGAUUGACAAAUACCAGAAAAGUGCAAUCAGGAACACACUCUCAGAUAACCAGCUAGUGUAAACCACAACAGGGCAAAGAAGAAAUAAAUAAAUGGGCUUGUAUAGCCCUUCCCUAUCAUUCAUUGGUGGACAGGGGUCACCUGACUCUAGAACGUGCAUGUACGCUCUUUGUGUGGCUGCACACACACGUAUGCGUGACCUCUAACCAUGCUGUAGGCAGGACUAUAUCUUUUUAUGCUUUUACAGCGGCCGGUGUCCAUAGGAACGCCGCGCUCGCUGGGGAUAGAUGCGCUGGCGGAUCUGGCCGUGAUCCGCCGCAACUUAGGUAAGUUUUGUCUUUUGUUUAAGCAGCCACGUGGUGUCGUGGGGCGGGGGCCGUGACAGAAACAUCUCUGAUGGCGUGGCUGCUUAGUUUGAGUGCAGCCACGCAGGCAGAGAUGUCGGAAGCCGUGACAAUUAAUACCAUUGGAAUUAGGGAGCUAUCUACUCACGGCACAGAUAGGAUCAGAGUUACAUUUAUUCUAAUGAAAUUCCGAUCCGAACAAAAACUCCUGAAUUGCGUCCGAACACGAAAGGACAAAUUGUUCUCAUUCUGUUGGGACAAAAUUCUGUAGUUUCGCCAGCGCUCGCACGCCGAAUGAAGCAGCAGGAGGAAGGUGAGAAUUGUGGGAAAAUUGCUUUGACUACAGGAAAUGGAGCGGACUUUGCUCCUCCCCUGGGUCAAAGCUGGGUAAGCACAGGAAAAAUAAAACAGACAAAAUGGUCCCUACUUUGUCUUAUGUUUUAAAGAAAAAUAGACCAGAUAGGAAGAAAUAAAGAACAGACCCUGAGAGAGGGAGAGAAGAGGAAGCGAUUGGGGAAAGUUAAGUUCAGCAUGAAAGUGCCGCUUUAAUAUUUAUUACAAGGAGGGAGCUGGUAGCGAUGCCGGCUCCCUACUUGUUUUGUUGUUUUUUUUUGUGCAUGAGCAAUGUUAUUUUUGUCGAAUUAUUAUAAAGCAAAUUAUUUUUUUUUUUUUUUUUAAUUAUUUAUUUUGGUUGUGCUUAAGGUAACAGACAGAUACACACAGCCACAACAGCUGGUGCUAGCAGAACAAUAAACAUUUGUUAACAGUAGUAUGGCUUCUAAUACAUUGCACAUUUUGUAUAUUUUUUUUGAGUGAUAGAGGAUUAGACCAGUAGCUGGAAGUAUUUGCCCAGAUUAGCUAUAGCAAACGGUCAUCCAUAGUAUAUACCUAGUUAAGCUGGUGGUAGGUAAGACAUAGGGUCAGCUCUUGUGUGAAUAUGGCAUAGCCUAUACAUUGACCAAACAGAAAAGUGGAAGCAGGAGGAGCACUCGUAUAUGGGGUUAACCCAAAGACUACAGAAGUAGUUUUAAGAGAGAAGAAAUGAGUGCCCUAAGUGUAUUUAAAAUGUAACCUUUAAUAGUAAUAAUAAAAUCUAGCAUAAGUAUCCAUGGUAAGGGUAGUACUCAAAUGGUAAUAAACUAAGGUAUAUACACUCUCUAAUAAGUGACAAUCAAAUAAGAAAAUAUGUGGAGUUACCCUGUAGACACAAAAAAUAAUGGAAUACAGGGAUUGAAUAGGUUCUGUUUUAAGGUGUACAGAAACCUUAUGUGGUGGUGUACGCAAAAUACAGUUUUGCUAAUCACAAUAACUGAAAAAUUAUCCUUAGUUGUACUGAUGCGUGUACACAAUAAUACACUAUGCAAGGUACGUGUAUAGUGUAAAACCCUAAGGUGUACACAGUCUAAUAAAUCAGUUAGCAAAGAGUUAAAGUAUAUGUGUACGCAUAAGUAACUAAAGUAUAUACAAUAAAGUAACCUAAUGAAUAACCGAAGUAUAUACAAUAAGGAAAAAGGUCCUAUUCAAAAAUAUACAGAGAUCUUCACCACUAAUUUAAACUGAAAAGAAACUGAAGUAUAUACAAUUUGGUAAAAAAAGGUUCUGUUCCUAAGUUUUCAGAGACCUUUACUUAGUAGUAUGAGCAAAACUGAGUUUUGCCAUCCACAGAGGCUGAAUGAGAAAGAGCUUAUUGUGCCCGCUAUUCAGUCAUAUCAGAUUCCAGAAAAAUGUUCCUGAUAGAUAAAUGCCGGUGAUAGACUAUCAUAUAUCCUGGUUAUUAGCAGGUCCUGUUCGAAAGUUUUCAGAGACCUUAACCCUUUCCUGUGUGCAAAUCUAAUGUUUUACAAUCCACAUAGGUGGCAUGAGCUAGCGUUAAACUGUUAGUCCAAUAGGUUUGUAUACAUAUGAUGCUCAAAUAUAGGUAAGUCAGGCAUGCAUAUCCAGUGUCUCUAACGGAAACCAGGGCACCAAAAAUGCGUGCAAACGAAUGCUAGAGAGACAAAUGAGUGUGGCUACACAAGAUAAAUGUAUCCACCAAAGUACUUAAAAGGGGAUGUAGUCAUGAGCCACACGUACUGCAAAGAAUAUAGAAGUAAUAUAGAGUGAUAUUGUGUAUUCAGACGCUUGAAAGGGUGGAAAAAAUUAUAUAAGCUGCUACCACCAAUGUGUAAUCCUCUCACAGCUUAACACAAGAAUAUGAAAUGUAAUGAUAGACUGUGUGGUGGGAAACCAACACCAGUCAGUAGGUGGAGCGCUCGGAAGUUACAAGUAAAUGACUCACCUCCCCUCUCUUGGGUUUAUUUGUGAUAACCUAGAGGUGGGGAUUGAGAUAGAGAAUACAAUCAUGUGAUAUGUUAAAUAACAGUGGAGUGGUAAUAAAAAUAUAUAGACCCACUCACAUGGUACUGAGCCUCAGCAGGACAGGCUCAGAUCACUUAGGCGAGCGUGUUUUUAGGGGUAACACGAAACCAACAGUUGAUGAAAAUCGUACUGUUCCUUUAAAGAUAAAGAAAACCAAAUAUGGUGUGGCAUAUAGAUGAAUUGCAAUUUAAGUGGUGGAAUACACAGAACUGCUCACCUGGUUCAGAGCUUGUAACCCUGGCUCUGAGUAUAUUGAUGUAUGUGCCAAUAAGGGAGCACAAGACUCUAUAGAUGGGUAUCAGGAACACUACUUACGUCCACAGGUAGGAGUUGGAAAAAUACAAUUUAUUUGAAAUAUAAAAAUACUAAUUCAAAAAUAAAAUGACUGUAUUAAAACAGUAAUUCAAGUAAGUCCUUAAUCCUCCUGGACGUCCGUGACGCGUUUCGCCGGUGGGCUUUGUCAGUUGGUGUGUGUUCUGGUGUUCCCGCUCUCCUUUUGUAUCCGAAAGGAUCUCCAUGAUUGCGGAUUGAUCACGGCUGUAUUCCGCUUUCGUCACUUCCGCUUUCAUCAUCUUUCAGUGCGGUCGCAUUUUUCAUGUCCAUAUGUGGAUAAAUCAAUAGUCGCCAUGUUGUUUAAGGGCGAGACAGUCUGUAUGUAUAUACAAAUCGUCUCUCAUAUAGAGUGACGAUUAGAAAACAGAGAUAAACCAUAGGAAAGUGCAGUUAGUGUCUUAUUAAUAAUCAAUUACAACGGAACAUUUAAUAUAUCCAUUUUGUAUAAAAUAAAAUACAGUUCAAAAAGGAAUAUUUCUUCCAAAUGGUUUUUAAAUAAAAUGUAUACACAUUCUGAGGUGAAACAGUGUCUACAUUUGGAAUGUAUACUUGAACCCUUUAGAUGAUAAGUAUGUGUCCUUGUAGCAAUGAUUUAUAUAUCAACAUUAAACUUUUUGAAAUUGAUUAGAGUAAAUAAAUUAAAUUAAUUUGUAUCAUUUGAGUAUAUGAAUAAUAUUGUAAAUUAUUUAUCAGACUAAUGGACAUCCUAUAGAUAUCUUGUAGUUGUGGGUUAGAGAAAGUAAAUUUGAAUCAAAUUCGAUCAAAAUUAAAUUUGACCAUCUUAAAAUGUUAAUGACAUUACAAUUUCUAUAGGGUUAAUCAACAUCAUGUAAAUAUCAAUAAGAUUAUUGAUUGCAUAUUUAAAGUAACAGGUUAUUUUUAAUGUAGUAUAAUUAAUUUAGAUAGUAUAUAAGUAUUUCCAUAUUUAAAAUAGGAAUCAUCCCCAUGUUUAAAAGGAAUAUGUAGAUACAUAUUUUGUAUAGUGUUAUAAACCCUGGUGGAAAAUAAAGUAUAAUCCUUAAUUUCAGAGCAUUAGUAUAUUAUUUAGACAAUGAAAAAAGAAAGUAUAUAUGCUCCACCAUAUCAGAUUUGAGCUAUAUAUUUGUGAUGUAGUGCAAGAGUAACUUUAGAUAGAGUUUUCUUGUUUACCACACACAUAGGGAUUCACAUAUUGUAAUAUUGUGUUGAGAAAAGAAAGUAAAAUAGAGUCCUUGAUUUAAAGUAUAAACUAUUUAGACCAUAAAUAGUAAAGGUGAGUGGAAAAUCAUAAGGGUAAUUUUCUAGGGGGGUUUUGGGCGAGACGGUACUUUAUCAUAAAAAAAUGGCAUAGUUCGAAAUCGCUAUUUAAUCCAUGAGGUAGCAUGGUGUUUAGAUUAAAGAUCCACCUCAUUUCCAUUCGACCUAUAUGUUGUAUUAGGUCUUUGCCCCUCCAAUUAGGAGUGAUUUUCUGUAUCCCCAUAAAUUUAAUAAUAUGAGUUUUUAGAAACCCUAAGGUGUACACAGUCUAAUAAAUCAGUUAGCAAAGAGUUAAAGUAUAUGCGUACUCAUAAGUAACUAAAGUAUAUACAAUAAAGUAACCUAAUGAAUAACCGAAGUAUAUACAAUAAGGAAAAAGAUCCUGUUCAAAAGUAUACAGAGAUCUUCACCACUAAUGUAAACUGAAAAGAAACUGAAGUAUUUAUAAUUUGGUAGAAAAGGUUCUGUUCAUGAGUUUUCAGAGACCUUUACUUGGUAGUAUGAGCAAAACUGAGUUUUGCCAUCCACAGAGGCUGAAUGAGAAAGAGCUUAUUAUGCCCGCUAUUCAGUCACAUCAGAUUCCAGAAAAAUGUUCCUGAUAGAUAAAUGCCGGUGAUAGACUAGCGUAUAUCCUGGUUAUUAGCAGGUCCUGUUCGAAAGUUUUCAGAGACCUUAACCUUUUCCUGUGUGCAAAUCUAAUGUUUUGCAAUCCACAUAGGUAGCAUGAGCUAGCGUUAAACUGUUAAUCCAGUAGGUUUGUAUACAUAUGAUGCUCAAAUAUAGGUAAGUCAGGCAUGCAUACCCAGUGUCUCUAACGGAAACCAGGGCACCAAAAAUGUGUGCAAACGAAUGCUAGAGAAACAAAUGAGUGUGGCUACACGAGAUAAAUGUAUCCACCUAAGUACUUAAAAGGGGAUGUAGUCAUGAGCCACACGUACUGCAAAGAAUAUACACUAAGUGCAGCCUCCGUGGAUGAGAAAUAUUGUACCGCUAUUAGUGAGGGAAUUGCAAAGCUCUCUAAUCUAAGCUUGUAAGAACAAACAUACUGUCUAGUUAGAUGACUCACUGUAUAGUUAGAUAACUAGAUACUCGGUAGUAUGUACAUGUACGUGUGGCUCAUGACUACAUCCCUUUUAAGUACUUAGGUGGAUACAUUUAUCUCGUGUAAUUCCAAAGAACUUUCCCACUCUGUGUAAAAUGACACAGAGCACUCUGAUUGGUGGAUUUCAAGCUAACCAAUCAGAGUGCUGUGACAGGUAAAUGUAGAGACUUACCUGUCAGUUUCUUCAUUUACCUGUCAGAACACUCUGAUUGGAUGGCUUAAACCCACCAAUCAGAGUGCUCUGAUCCUAAUUGCAGGGUGGGGCAAUGCUUUAUAGCCUUCCCCCACCCUGCAGAGCUCAGUCUGCGUGGAGCCCUCCAUGGGUGAAAAUUGAUUUUUUUUUUUUUUUUUUUAAAGUACGUUGGUUGUUAUGGAUUCUUAUUUGGCCUUUUUUGGGGCUGAAAAAAGAAGAUUUUAGAAGAAAGAAGACAUCAAAUGGUAAGUUUAUUUUAUUUUUUUACAGGUAUUUAGCUUAUGGUCCCCCCUCAUCAUUUUUAGGAUGAGGGGGGUAGGUAGGGGCUAUUUUUGGGGGGGGGGGGUGUUAAAUUUUUAUUUAAGGGCGUGGGGGCCGUGGGGAGGACAGUAGGUUCCCCCCCCCUUAUUGAUAUUUAGGACCCCCAUCCACCACUCAGGUGGUAGGUCCCCCCUCAUUGUUAUGUAGGGCCGCCACCCGCCGCGCAGGGGUGGGGGCCGAGAGGGAAGACAAUAGGUGCCCCCCCCUUAUUGAUAUUUAGGGCCCCCACCCGCCGCUCAGGAGGACAGUAGGUCACCCCCCUCAUUGUUAUGUAGGGCAGUAGGUCCCCCCCCUUAUUCUAAAUUUAGGGCCCCCACCCGCCGUGCAGGGGUGGGGGCUGGGGGGAGGACAUUAGGUCCCCCCCCCCCUCAUUGUUAUGUAGGGCCCCCACACCCGCCGCUCAGGGGUGGGGGUGGAGAGGAGGACAAUAGGUCCCCCCACAACAGCAUUAGCAAGCCGAUUAGGAACAGUAGAAUUGACAUGGCAUGCGAUUUGAUAGCACAUUUUUUUAUUAAUAUCAGGCUAGAGUUGAAAAAGUUAUGUCAAAAUAAAAGAUACGCUUUUAAACUAAUGAUUCUGAUACUACAAGCAUGGUCAUACAUGAGAUUAAAUGUAAGCAUUUGCGUCAAUGCACAUCAAUGUCACUUUGGAUCCUUAAAAAAGAAAGAGAGAUUUAGCAUGUCAGGCUAUCCUAAACAAAACAGCACUCUUAAGGUUAAUUAUGCGCAGGUGAGAGAUGUGCAUUUUAUAUUCUAGCAACAGGCCUGGCCUGUGAUAGUACAGGUUAAGUAUAGCAUUGAAGCUCAUCUUAUGCAUUUUUAGUCUCUUUGCUGGGUUUGCCUAUGUGAGAUACAGUCCAGGUGGCGUGAUGUAUGGCGUGGAAGACUCGUUGCCUGGGGACAUUAAUGUGAGACAAAUGAUGAAGAAAGAAAAAUAGAGCAUGUUUUGUGCCAUUAGUGGUAUCUGGUUUGACCUCUCCACUUGUUUAAAAAGUAAAAAAGGCAGGAGCCAUCCUCAUUGUCUGCUGCCCAGUUCCCCGGGGAUACACCCAGAUAGUGCAGGCUUGCCCGACCCCCGAUCUGCUAGGGCUUCAGUAUGGCAGGAAUGCGUUCAGCAUAAUAUGUGGGUUUGAGUCGAGCAUAGAGCGUGGUGAGAGGGGUGGUGGGUAUGCUCUCCGAGUAUAGUCCCUUGCUGCUGCCCAAGCCUCCCCAGGAGAUAGCUGGAGCUCAGGGGUGUCCGAUAUGGUGGCCGGGUUGGCGGCGUUGGGUGGUACAAGGUCGGGUAGCAGGUACCGGCUGAAUGUCACCGCUGGAUUGGAGGUUCCCACAUGUUUGCAGGUCGGGUGUAGUUGUCUUGGGGAACCCCUCUGCUGUCUCGCCGUCCGUACUUCCCUGAUGGUUCUGGUCAGCUGUGCCCUGGUGGUUUCUGGCUUUGCCGCCCCUGCAGUUUUGGCCGCCACGACCGCCAUUUUGGCAGCAAAGGUUCUUCCUCGCUCCGGGCUCUUCAGGUCGCGAGAACAGUCUCCUAGGACCGGGAUGACCCCCACCGGUCCAAAGGGGGGAAACGGGGCCCUCACCGCGUGGCUUCAGAGGUCCGAGUGGGAACCACAGGGCAGGAUAGCGAGGUGGCGGCCGUCCACCUCACUCACUGCUCGGGUACGCCUCAGAUGUGGCUGUGCUGAUGUCCGAUCGCUUGUGGUCAGAUUGGCCUCAGCACCAUCGCCUCUUUGCCCGCAGGACCGCUUCUGCCAGACUGCAGAUGGGUUGUUUUGUGCUUUUUACAGGCUCUAGAGGCAAUUUUCCACAGGAGCUCGCCUUGCGUGCGAGCUCUCGGCAGGGUGGUCCGGGCCCGCCCCCUUUUUUGUUUUUUUACAGUGAGCAGCUGGAGACCUUGCCUCCCCCGCCGAUGGUCAGCUCCCGAGUGGAGCGGAAUGCACAUGCGCAGCAAGAGGCACGCGCAUUCUAACAGUCCAUAGGAAAGCAUUUCUCAAUGCUUUCCUAUGGACCUUUUGCACGCUGGAUGCAAAUUUUACAUUCAGUGUCGCAGAAGCGCCUCUAGCGAAGACAGCCACUAGAGGUUGGAUUAACCCUGCUAUGUAAGGGUUUCUCUGAAACUGCUAUGUUUACAUGUGAAGGGUUAAAACUUGAGGGACCUGGCACCCAGACCACUUCAUUGAGCUGAAGUGGUCUGGGUGACUAUAGUGUCCCUUUAAGGUUAUCUUGAAAUGGGGGUGAUAUUUGAUAUAAAGCUGAUGAAGGGUAUAUAGUAUGUGGAAAGUAAUAUCUAUUUUGAACAUGAAGAUCCCUGUCUAAAUAUUUUCUAAGCUAUAUAAAAGGGGAAUUAAGUGUCACGUUUAGCCCAUUUCAAAAAGGAAAAAAUUCAUCUAUUAUAUAUGAAACAUUUUUUUUUCCCUCCCUCUUCCUCCUCUUUUGUUUGGCGCUCUUCGAAUAGCUGCUUAGGGCGGCUUUUUUUUCUGGUACCAGCUGUACAUCAUAUUUAUGAUGUUGCAGUGUUUGAGGGUCUGGUUUGGCCUUCUAGGUAUAGAGGAUUGUUUUUGUUUUUUUUGUGGUAUGUUUGCGUGCUUUAUGUCAAUGGCCAUGUGUUUUUAAUGGGAGUAAAGACUGGUCCAACUGGAGGAGACUGAGGAGAGAGAGCAAGCAAUUUUUAUGAUCUAAUAUGUUGAAAUUUGUGUCUUUAAAUGUUAGAGGACUGAAUUCUCCUCAAAAGAGAGUAAUACUUCUUAAUUUCCUUAAAGAAGAAAAUAUAGAUCUAUGUGGAGUGCAAGAAACCCAUUGGAGAGCAUCUGACAAAACAUAAUUUAAAUUUAAAGAUUACCCUAAUAUUUUUUCUUAUUCUAUGGUUAAUAAUAAAAAAAGAGGCGUAUUGACUAUUAUAUCUGCUAAAGUUGCUUUUAGGCUAAUCUACCAAGAAAUAAAUAAAGAAGGGAGGUAUCACAUUCUUAUUGGGGAAAUUAAUAACCAUAUAUAUAUAUAUACGAUUGUCAAUGUGUAUGCAUUAUGAAUGCUUUCCUAUGUGACCGGCUGAAUGCGCGCGCAGCUCUUGCGUGCGCAUUCAGCCGACGGGGAGGAGAAGAGGAGUUUUUACCCCUUUCCCCCUUCCAGAGCCGGGCGGGAGGGGACCCUGAGGGUGGGGGCACCCUCAGGGCACUAUAGUGCCAGGAAAACGAGUAUGUUUUCCUGGCACUAUAGUGGUCCUUUAAAUAAACCCUUGUCGCCAGAUGAGGUGUUUAAAGCAAUUGGAAAACUUACAAUUGCCAAGUCUCCUGGCCCAGAUGGCUUUAGUAAUCAAUUUUAAAAAGUUAUGAGGGGUAACCUAGUGAGAGUACUCUUACAAGCAUGUUUAAUUAUUUUAGGGAAACCGCUAACAUUCCCCAAGAACUUUUAAAAGAUUUUAUUGUACCUAUUACUAAACAAAAUAAAAAUCCAGAGAUAAUUGCAAAUUAUAGACCCAUUUCCCUUCUGAAUAAGGAUAUAAAAUUUUACUCUACAUUAUUGCUUCAAGAUUGAGUAAUAUAAUUCCUACAAUUAUACAUUGUGAUCAGGUGGGGUUUGUGGCAACUAGAUCUUUAGUUUAUAAUAUCAGAAGACUGAUUGAUGUUAUGGAUCUGGUUUCUAAAAAAGGAUUGUCCCUCCUGGCUCUGUCACUAGAUGCCGAAAAGGCUUUUGACAGAGUCAGGUGGGACUUUCUUGAUGAAGCAUUAUUCUCAUUUGGCUUAAGGGGGGACAUUAGACACUCCAUAAUGGCUUUUUAUUCUUCGCCGAUGGCUAGGGUGGUAGGUAGUGGGUUCCCCUCGGAGUGGUUCCAAUUGAAAAACAGGACUAGACAGGGCUGCCCGCUAUCUCCUCUUCUGUAUCUUAUUGCUAUAGAACCACUCGCAAUAGCGAUUAGAGCAACGGAACAAAUUAGAGGUUUGCGUAUCUUGGAGGAUUGUGUUAAGCUAACGAUGUACGCAGAUGAUAUAGUCCUUACCCUUAGUGAUCCAGUCAACUAAUUGAGACAACUCAUUCCUCUUAUGCUAGAAUUCUCAGAAAUAUCAGGGUAUAAGCUGAAUCUGGUGAAAACGGUUGCAUUGCCACUUAACUUAACCCAGAAUGUGGUUGAGGGGUUUAAGAAGGACUUUGGUUUUGUUAUUUGUAAAUCAUUUAAUUGUUUGGGCAUUGAAAUUGCAGGAGAUCCUAUGAAAACAUUGAAACGUAACUUUUUGUCAUUAGUUAAAGGUUAGGUAAAAAGUUAAGAAAAAAACCCUCAAAAAAAAAGCGAUCAUGAAUUUUAUAUGGCAGAACAAGCGGCACAGGAUAUCCAGGCAGGUACUGUACAGCCGGAAGGAUAGAGGGGGGCUGGGCCUACCGAACCUAUAUUUCUUUUUUUUUUUUUUUUGUUAAUCAAGUUUUUAUUAGCAAUUAGGUACGAUAAAUUUCAGGGCUCGCAGGCCCACAGCAGUCAAACAGUGAAGGUAGCAAUUUUGAAGUAUAACAUAUACAUGUACAUAUGCAGGGAUAUUCCGUGUUCCAAUAUACAACCAAUGAUAGGGUACAAUUCUGUUUAUUUUCUAAAGCGUGAAUUGAAAAAUAUUAUCGUCACAGUAUAUCCUGGAGUCAGGGGCUUCCAUAUAGAGCUAGAGCUACGUGGGUAUGGUAGCGCUCAUAUGUGCUCUAAGGAUGCGGUUCCUUGAUUGGGGUGAAGCCAGAGUAAUUGUCGAUGAAUGUAUGUUGUGUGUUUCGGUGUGAAGGAUAAUAUCCUAACUAGUGGUCAUGUGUAAGAGUGUAUGGUGUCUGUCCGAUACGAGAUCCACAAUGCAGGGAUAUGGGGAGUAGUGAGAAGAGAUCCGUACGUACCCAGGGCUUAGUGUAGUCAGUCUACCCCUUUGUAAUCCAUCUGCAACCGACAGUGACCCUGUCCAUAUGGCAAUCGAGUUGUUUCUAUGGAAAUGGGCUUGUGCGAGAUUUGCGUCCUUUUCCCGUGUGUUAGAACCCAUCCGGGUUGGGCGCGGUAGUUAUUAACCUGGUUGAGGUUCUUGCUAGUCAUCAUGUUGUCGUGUUGCGGUAUGUCAAAGUGAGGUCAGCUGUGAGGGCCCUUGCUUGGGUCUGUGUGGGUGCGGAGUAUGUGUUUUCUAGGGUUCAUCAGGAGAGGUAUAGUGUCGUGGUGUAUGUGUGUGUUGCUAUAUCUCGGGGCUGCUGCACACGUCCGUUAAUCUGAUUGUCAACGUUGUCUUAUAGAGGUGAUAUGCGUGCCAUGUCCAGAUGUGCUCAAGAUGCCCCCCCUUGUGGUUCUGUGGGGAUAUGGGUCAUGCCCUAAGAUGUCCCCCUUUGACCUAUAGAGUUACUGCGGGUCAGGGUUAUCCGUCGUAUCGGAUGAGAUCUCGUGUUCGUGUUGAAGUGGCGGGGAUGUGUUUAUCCCCCAAAUGUUGUGGAUGGAGUGUGAGGUGUAUCGGUUGAAUCUGCGAUCGUCAGGUGAUCGAUACUGAGUGUGGUUCAUGUCGCAUGGGUCUAGUGAGCUCCAUAUCGUCUCCCUGUCCUAGUCCCCCCCCCGGGCCCCCCUAAGGUUGCGAGCGGUAUGUAUACCACGGUGUCCAGGCUUCAGCGUGUUGAGCUUCCCUGCCCGUCAUCUCCGCCUUCAGAGCUUCCGCUGCCCUGAUAUCCUCAACCCAGUGGAUCCAUUCCUCCCUUGUCGGGAUGUCUGGUUUCUUCCAGUAUACCGGUAUGAGCGAUUUGGCCGCAUUCAAUAGGUGACGCAUGAUAGAUUUUUUGUAUGUGGAUAGUGGUCGCUUGGAUAUGUGUAGCAAGGCUAGUUCCUCUGACCAUUCAAGGUCAUCUCCCAGGAUCAGUUGAAUGUCUGAUUUGAUCCGGUCCCAGUAUGGGGCAAUGUGUUUACAUUCCCACCAUAUGUGGUGCAUGUUCCCCCUAUCCUCCUGGCAUCUCCAACACGUUGGUGGCGUAGUGGGGAAGAUCCUAUGUAACAGUACAGGUGUUCGAUACCACAUAGAAAGCAACUUGUAGUUCACCUCUUGAUAGUGAGAGCUGGAGGAGCUUUUGUGCUGCCAGAGCAAGGCCUUGUCCCAUUGUGCUGUUGUGAAGGACUUAGCCAUGGCUCGUUCCCAGUGUCGUUUGAAGAGGUUGUUUUCCGAGGUGGGGCUGGUCAGUAUGUAUUGGUAGAGGUUCGAGAUUGCUUUCCCUAAUGACGUGCCCCUGGAGCAGAGUUGCUCGUACCAUGUAAGGUCUCUUUGCAGCUUUUCUUUGUGCGGGAGUGUGUUGAAGUAAUGUUUCAGUUGCAUGUAGCGAAAAACCGUCAUAUGUGAGCGCGGUCUUGAUUCCAGUAGCGCGUCCAGAGUCCGCAGGGCGCCAUCUCGAAUGACCUUAUGUAUUGGGAUGUAUCCUGCUUCACCCAAGAAUGACCAGGCGUCUGGCGGCAGACCGCCUCCUAUACUGGGCAGGGAGUUGGGGAGAUUUGUGAUGUUUCCCUGAGUUGUUCCCAUGUGAGGAGUGUUUGUGUAACUGGGUCAUCGUCUCCUCUUCUGUUGCCUCUCGUUGCCCGCCUUUUCCAAAUUGCAGCCUUCAGUUUUGCACUGUCUCCUUCUUGGUCUAGGAUCACCCAUUGUUUGGUCGUCUCUAAUUCGUGCCACUCCAAAAUCCGUUGUAGCGUCGCUGCUUGGUGGUAUUUUUUAAAAUCGGGUAGGGCUAAACCCCCCCUAUGUCUGGGCAUGCACAGUAUUUCAUGACGUAUCCUGGAUCUUUCUCCCCUCCAUACAUACCUGAUCACUUCUGAUUUCAGAGUUGAGAAGAAUUUUGCCGGCGGCGCCAUCGGUAUAGUCUGGAAUAAGUAUAGCGCUCUCGGGAGAACGUUCAUUUUAAGGACCGCUAUCCGGCCGUGCCAUGUAAUAUGUGGAUAGGACCAUCUUUUCAGGUCGGAUUCAAUGCCGUGCAGUAGGGUUGUGAAGUUGCGUUGGUAUAUGUCCUGUGGAUUUGUGGUGAUCCAUAUGCCGAGGUAUUUCAUUGCUCCCGUACACCAUCGAAAUGGGAAGAGUGGGCCGAGGGAUACGUAGUCCGCUACGGGUAUGGUGAGAUUUAGUGCCUCACAUUUUGCUAGAUUGAGUUUAAACCCAGAGAUUCGGCCGAAUCUAUCCAUCUCAGAGAGUAUACAUGGCAGUGUGAUCCGAGGCUGAGAGACAAAGAACAAAAGAUCGUCCGCAUAAGCAGCUACCUUAUGUUCCGUGUCCUGCCAGGUGUAACCGUGUAUGUCCUGACGGUCUCGAAUCGCUUGCAGAAGUGGCUCCAGAGAGAGUGCGAAAAGAAGCGGGGAUAAGGGGCAGCCCUGCCUGGUUCCAUUCGCAAUUCCAAAACUCGUGGUCAGCGCUCCAUUGACGCGUACCGUCGCCCUUGGUGUGCUAUAUAGUGCAGUAAUCCACGCCAUGGUUCUCUGGCCAAGACCUAUAAACCGGAGGGUUUGAAACAUGUAUUCCCAGUUGACCCGGUCGAAUGCCUUUUCGGCGUCUGUGGACAGUAGUAAGAGUUGUUUCCGAAACUUCCGUGCAUGAUGUUGUAUAGAAAAUAGGCGUAAUGUGCUGUCUCGUGCCUCUCGACCUGGGAUAAAUCCAGUCUGAUCCGCGUGGACAAGGUUUGGUAACGUCCUUUGAAGUCUAGUUGCCAAUACUUUCGUCAGGAGUUUCGUGUCCACAUUCAGCAGAGAGAUCGGGCGAUAGCUGCCACAUUGUUCCGGGUCCUUCCCGGGUUUGAGCAGGACCGCGAUUGUUGCCGUCAGGGACUCCGUGCCAAAGUGUCCCCCUCCGCAACUUUGUUUACUGCUUUCGUUAGCCAUGGUAGGAUUGUCGUAGCAAAGUGUUUGUAGUACCCUGUGGAGAACCCAUCUGGUCCAGGGGCUCGUCCAGUUUUCGUGCCCUUCAACGCUGCGGCUAAGUCCUCCGUGCUAAUCGGUUCGUCAAGUAUAUCUGCCGUCUCAGGGUUCAUCCGUUUCCGCACGUUGUCUUGCAGGUAUGUUUGUAUGAGUGAGGAUGAUUCCCGUCUAUGGGCUGUGUCCUCUGGUGGGUAGAGGUUAUAGAGGGAGUUGUAAUAUUCCCGGAAUUCACUUGCUAUUUCUUCAAGAUAUGGUGAUAUACUGCCCGUUGAUAAGCGAAGUUUCCUCACUUGCGUGCGUGGUGUGUCUCCUCUCAAGAGGCGGGCGAGGAAUUUCCCACCUUUAUUUGCAUGGGUGUAAAAGAAGGACCUCGAUCUUUGGAGUGAGCGGUGGUGUCUUUGCGUGAGUAGGGUCUGCAAAGUUCGUCUGGCUUCCAUCAGUUCACCAUAUGUUGAGGUUAGUUGGGAACGUUUGUGUAGGGAUUCCAGGCGUGUGAUGGAUUUAUAUGCGUCUGCCAUCGCCCGGGUGGACUCCUUCCUUUUGCGAGAUGCAAUGCCGAUGAGGGUACCACGUAUAACACUCUUAUGUGCUUCCCACACCGACACCGGAGAUAUCUCAUCUGUUCCGUUCUCGGCAAAGUAGUUUUCCAGUGCCUGUAUGAUCUCCCCUCUUACCCCAGGGUCCUGGAGCAGGGAUUCAUUCAGGCGCCACGUCCAUGUUGCGGGCUUAAACAGCGGGGAUUCCAAUUCGACCCUGACUGAGCCGUGGUCUGACCAGGUGGCCGGUUCUAUAGAGGCUGUGCGCAAACGGGAGAGCCCUUCUUGCUUGAUGAACACAUAAUCUAUGCGGGAAUAACGUUUGUGGAUCACCGAGUAAUGCGUGUAGUCCUUGGUAGAGGGGUGAAGCGUCCUCCAGCAGUCCACCAGUGCUAGUUCACCUAGCGUUUUGCGGAUGGAUCUAAUGCGAGAUUGUGAGAGGCAACUAUGGCCAGUGGAUGAAUCCAUGAGAGGGUCUAAUGGGACAUUAAAGUCUCCCCCCACUAUCAGUGCUCCCUCUGAGAAUCCAUGCAGUUUGUGUAGUGUCCCGCGAAGGAAUUGUGCUUGCUUGGAAUUGGGAACGUAUAUGGUCGCGAGAGUGUACAUUCUGUCGGCUAUCGUUCCUUUCAGGAAAAGGAAGCGCCCUUGAUCGUCAGCCAAUCUGUCCAGUUCUUGGAAAUCUAGGUUUGCAGCAAGCAGUAUCGCAACCCCCGCCCGACGAGCGGUCGGGUGAUUGUUGCAGUAGUGUAAUGGGUGAUGAGCGCUUCGGAGUUUUGGAGCAGCGCUAUCGAUAUGUGUUUCUGUCGUAGGAUUCUUAAUAGGUGAGAGCGGCGUUCCGGUAUAUUCAAGCCUCUGCAGUUGAGGGUCAUGACGGAGAGGGGAGCGCGAUUAUACGCCAUAACUUCCUCUGCGGCCGUAUGCUACGGCUCCCAGGGGGGGUAUCCAGGCGGGGUGAUCGGCCAGGGAGACAAUGCCAGCUAGUGUAGGCGUACGCGUGACUAUGAGGUGUAGUGUCCUAUGCGUCCGUUGCAGUGCUAGUUAUGGGUGGGUAUGCAAGCGUCCCGUGAGCUAUGGGUCUCGUUCAGGAGGUGUCCCCCCUCGUUAUCUGUGUCAGGCCGGAACGAUUGGUAUCGGUAGUAGGAGAAUAUUGAUUGUGUGGGUAAAAAAUAGAGUGGAAUAUAUAUAAUAAAAUAGGGGGUGAUCCGAGUGGGUCCCUCCCUUGGGGUAUGUCCCCAGCAGGGUAAAAGGUGGGUGUAACCCCGAGAUCUCCAAAAAGAGGAGAGUCACUUGCGUCUCAAUAGGAGUGGCCAGGUGUCACUCCGAUAACCAAAUCGGUGGGUGAACAAACCUGUGGCUCCUUUGAGGAUUCUGCGCAAGUGAGAGUAUAGAGCAGUGGGCGGAGUCCAAGCCCGAGUGGGCAUGGUCUGUGUGUCGUGGGUAAGUCGGGUUCUCGUCUAUCUCGUUCCAACCAGUGUCCAGCCCAAGUGUGUAUAGUCGUGGGAGGAGCAAGCAAUCAGGGGAUCAAACAGAAAUAUAGCAGGUUAAACGUUGUGAUCGUAAGCAAUAACAGUAUGAGUAUCAACAACAAUUGGCGGUAACAUUUAUCCACCUUCCCCCCCAGCACUCCCCGCCAGGAAGUCUAACCACCCGCUCCGCCCCAGGGCAAGCCCCCCAUAACAAUUGUGUCUCCCACUUAUCUUCCAAGAUGUGUCAUGAGAGAUAUAGCGAUCCUAAAUCGGCCUGGGCACCUAUUGUCUGAUCGAUGAGGAUAUCUAGCCAUAGUGUCUCUAUCCUUCCUGUUGUGUGCUAUGUUCGGGGUGAGGUAUGGUAAAUCCCAGGGCAUCUUCCCCAUGGUUCUUAUUAAAAGUAGUUAACUCCCUAAUGUUCCCGUGGGGGUGUUCCAUUUGGCUGGCCCCCUCUAGCCCUCAUGUCCCAGGUAAUUUCCCACACACCCGUCUGUCCCUCUGUUACAGUCUACAUAUUCAGGAGACAUAGCCAAAGCAUCAGCAAUAUUUAGCACAAUAAAUAACAGGGGAGAGAAAGCAAUUAAGCGGCAUAACUUCAAGCAAAGAUACUUAGCAGGUGCGAAUAGUCCUGGAUUCGCUGUUGAUUUCGUGCAUGUUGGUGAUGUCACAGGUAAGUCCAGUCACGGCACUAAUCCAUGCAUAGUCAAGCCAAAGCAGCCGUGGUCGUGUCAGCGCAGGAACAGAGUAUGCCCAGAGCUCCCCCCAAAUCACCCCACCACCCCAAUGCCACAUCAAAGGGCCCCCGAGAACGCUCCUGGAGGGUCAUGAGACCGUGAGGGCAAGGAGAGGCACAACGGGGUCAUUCUUAUAAGUGCACAAGGGGGAGGUCAGUCCAGGUUGUAACAUUGCCAGGUGUGCACUCAGUCUUGGGUAGUCGCUAUUCCCGGCAGGUGAAGUUAUGUUCGUGCAUAUUGUGGGGUAGGAUCAGUCACUACUCUUGCAGCGUUUCUCAAGUCCAUCAUGACCUUGUUCAGUACUGUCCAGUCUCGUGAUGAUAUCAGGGCCGUUGUAUGCGUAUCGGCCGAGCCCCUUAGCUCGGGUCAGGCGGCUCUUUUUUUUUUUUUUCCCCCUUUGCGUUAUGGAUGUGGGGUCCCCGGGGGCAGAUAGGGCAUCAGCGACCGGGCGGAUCAGCGCAGCCUGGGUGGCGGUUGUCACUCUUGAGCCCCUCCUGCGUCUUGACGGCGGCGAGGUGGGCCUUGUGGGGACCUUCCCCUGCGACGGCGGGGUGCGCGUUGCGGUCUCGGGCCGACGUCUAGUGGUCCCAGGACCCAAUCAGGUAUAGGUACAGGCGGUAGACCCAAGUCCUCUAGGAACUUGGGGACCUCUUCCGGCCAACGGAUUGAUACCCAGCCGUUCUGGUGUCUCGCCAAGAGGGCGAACGGAAAGCCCCAUUUGUAGGUGAUGGUGUGGUCCCUUAGGAGCGUCGUGAUGGGCCGCAGCGCUCUCCUAGCUUCGAGAGUAACUGGGGAUAGGUCAUUAAAUAACGAGAUGCGUGCCCCCUUGUGUUCCCAGGUGGGACGGGAUCUGGCCGCCUUCAUGAUGGCGUCUUUCACAGCAAAUGAAUGUAGGCAGCAUAUUAUGUCCCUUGGACCCUCCUCUAGGGAGCGAGGUCUGAGAUCUAUGUGCCCUGUCAUACCUGAUCUCCAUUGGGGUGUCACCGGGCAGAAUCAGGCGGAAAAGGGCCGUCAGCUCUGUUUCAACAUCUUCCUCACCGUCAGCUUCUGGCAUACCGCGCACGCGGAUGUUGCAGCGGCGCCCGCGGUUAUCGAGGUCUUCUACCGUUCUCCUGAGCUGUAGGAGCAUGUCCCCUUGCCUAGCAACGGCCGUGUCGGUUGAAGUCAGUCUGGCAUGGUGGGCCUCGUGGGAGCGUUCCAAGGUAAGGACUCGGGUACCCUGCGCUGCCACCUCCGUCCGAAUUCCGGCCAUUUCAGCUCGCAGGGCAUCCUGUAUAGUGGUGGUAAGUACCAGUAGGUCGGCCUUGGUGGCCAUGGAGGCCGCGAUAGUGCGGAGUUCUUCCCCGAUACCGUCCAGCGUGGAGGCGGAGGAGGUAGACGCCAUUUUAGAGCCUCUGGCCUCGCCGCGUGUGUCUGCCGGCGUCUGAAUAAAUUCGUCCAUCGGGCCCGAGUGUUGCGGUUGUGAUCCCCUGGGGGUCCCUGGAGGUUCACCCCUUCGCCUCCGACCCAUUAGUGCUGGUGAUUGCUGUUUAAUAGGGCGGUGUAAGGACCGGUGGAGCGGAGCUCGCAGCUUACACGUCCAUCUCGGUCGGCAUCCAAGCCACGCCCCCACCGAACCUAUAUUUCUAUUACUUAGCGGCCCAACUAACACAGGUAGCCAUGUGGCACUCCCCCCCGGACGAAAGGAGAUGGGUGGACAUCGAGGCACUCAUGGUGGGAUCGGACAUUCCCCAGUUCAUGAUGUGGAUCCCCAGGGAGCACAGACCCUUGAUUUGGGUGACAUGCCCAGCGAUAUUAAACUCACUGCGGAUAUGGGAUGCGACGAACGCAAAAUACGGAUUGGCUUCUUCACCUUCCCCCUUAACACCAAUAUUCCGCAAUAGAGACUUUCCUCCGGGUAUGGCUGCGAGAGAGUUUCGCAACCUAGAAGGGGUGGGCCUCCAGAGAGUCUGUUACAUGUUUCGGGGAGGGUAAAUAGUGCAGUUCGAGGAUCUUAAGCAACACAACCACCUGACGCCCUCGGAUUUCUUCAGAUAUAUGCAACUUAGGGAUUUUGCCAACCGUCCUCAGAUUAAAGAGGCGGCCUGUAAAGCACUGACAUUUUACGAGAGGUUGUGUUCCUAUGUAACUGCACCCAAGGGACUGAUAACGCUGUUGUACGCCCACAUCAGCUCCAAAACCACUGAAUGAGGCAGACUGACUUACACUGACCAGUGGGAACGAGACCUGGGCGAGACUUUAGAGGGUAUAGAGGGGCAGGAAAUUUGGGAAGCAAACAAAACUACGUCUAUGUGCGUGACAUUACAGGAACAAUCGUGGAAAACCAUGUUACGAUGGUACACCACACCAGUACAACUCUUUAGAAUGCAAAAAACAAACACAGAUAACUGCUGGAGGGAAUGCGGAACGAGAGGAAUGUACAUACAUAUGUGGUGGGAAUGCCCAACAAUCAUUAGAUUCUGGAAAUCGGUCGAGAACUUACUGAUGCAGAUCUUCAACCGAUCACCUUUCCUAGACCCAUGUGUUUACCUACUAAAUAGGUCCCUGGAGGGAUGGACCAGGAGGGAAUAGAAGCUAUUGCAUAAAAUCACAUUAAGCGCACACAGGGCGAUAGCAACGGCGUGGCUUUCCCCAGAAGGCCCACUUUUUCAGGAGUAAUCUCCAGGAUUAAAGAUAGCAAACUAAUAGACGAUUUAACAGCUAGGGUCAAAGGAACCACGGCAGCAUUCCAGAGGAUAUGGGAUUCCCUGGGACAACAGCCAAAUGGGAUAGGGAGCACCCAAAAAGUGACAUAGGUAGGGCCAGAAAUAAAGCAGAGACUUGACAGAAAACCCCACCCACUAAAGAUCCCAGGGAUCGAAAAAAAGACUGGCACUUAAAGUUAAGAUGGGAGGUUUGGGAUUACCUCUCUUAAAAGAUUACCAACAAGCUGCCAGUUUAUCAAAUGUCCUUAUUACUCAACAAGAAAAUGUUAAACUUCAAGUCUGGUACAAAACUGAACAAUUUAUGGUUUAGUUCCUGAUUCAUAAUAAUGAUAUAUGUAUGUUACUUUAGCAAGUUAGAAGAAAUCAGAGGGGUUCUCCUGUUGUGAAAAUCAAAAGUAGGAUUUUGCAAGAUAUAUUAAAACAAUGUGAAAAAUCUAGGAAAAAUCUUCAAAUCCAGAAUAAAUUGAUUCCAUGUCUUUCUUUAAACUGUAUUGGGGCUAAUAGAGAGGAUUUCGUUUUGAAAAAUUGGACGGAGAGGGGUAUCUCCAAAAUAAGAAAUCUGAUGAGAGGCAACAAACUUAAAGACUUCCAUACAUUGAAUAAUGAAUAUAGCGUAGGUGAUAAUGAGGUUUUUUAAUUACUUAAGAAUAAAAGGGUUUCUGAUUAAACAUCUAGCUUUGAAAUCAGAAAGGUUGAAUUUUUUGGAGAAAUUAAUGGAAAGAACAUCUUCGAAGAAGUUGUUGAACUGUUGUAUGGAGUUGGGCAUUAGAGAUCCGGAACUAUUUAUUAAACCUAUUCUUACAAAAUUGGGCCUCAAAUUUAAAUAUUACAAUAAGCCGUGAAGACUGGAGAAAAGCUUGAAGGGAAACCUACAGUAAUAUUCAUUUGUUGGAGUGUCAAUUUAAACUAAUGAACUGUUGGUACUUAGUUCCAUCCAGAUUGUUCAAAAUUUUUCCAGACUAUACAUACCUGCUGGAGAUGUGGAAAUCGUAAAGGUGAUUAUUUGCAUACGUGGUGGAACUGUCCACCAAUAGGCAAUUUCUGGAAUAUGAUUAAAGGUAAACUGGUAAUAUUGACUAACAAGCCUGGUAAUUUUACCCCAGAUCUUUUCUUAUUACAGAUUAAUGCUAAACAAGUGUUUGGCCCUGACACUCCUCUAGUGUUACACUUAUUGUUAGCCGCAAAAAUUUCCAAAGCUAGGAACUGGAAAGGGCUUACAAUCUGGCUUACAGUGAAGGAGCAGCUUAAAUAUCAAUUAAAGAUGGAAAGAGGUAUAUCUAAAUUAUCCUAUGAGAAAUGGAGUCGUUGGUUAAAGAGGAUAGAAACUAUAUAGGGAUGAUUAUAAAAGUUCAUAGCUCCUCUCUUUUUGGAGAAUUUUGGUGAAAUCUUUUAUGCACAAUUCAAUUAUUGGGGGUAUUGCUGUACGUGCUCUCUCUCCCGGGUCUUCUCCCAGAAUGAACUUAAGGAAAAUAUAGGAAAAAAAAUAAAUAAAAAUUCUUCUUUUUGGUAUCUAAAGAAUUUGUAUGGCUAUGUAUUGUGUUGUAUGUAUGUCUUUUUAUAUAUAUAUUUUUUUUAUAUAUAUAUAUAUAUAUAUAUAAAUAUAUAUAUAUAUAUAUAUAUAUAUACAUACAAGUUGUACUUUUAUAUACGUAUAAUGCAUAGAUUGUUAUGUUGAUUAAUGCUUAUGGGGCACUUUAUGAUGAAUUGUUGGUAAAGAUUAGUUUUGAAUUGAGCAUUGGCUUAACAAUAUAUACAGAAAUAAGCAUUGUAUAUUGUGUCCUGAGAUGUUUAUGGAAAAUAAAAAAAAAGUAUACAUAAAACAAAAAAAGAAGAGAUAUUACCAAUAAUAGGAGAGCAAAGUCACAGAUAAUAGAAUAUUGGAUAAAGUGUAUCAUGCCAAAGAAAAAAGUCACAUAUUAUAUAAAAAAACUAUAUAAAAAUUAUAUAAGAAAACGAAAUGUCUCAUAUAAAAAUGAAGGUGUCGCAUGUCAAAGUAAUCUCAGGACUAGUAGAGGAUUAUAGAAAUUGGUGAAAGAAAGAACCACCGGCACCUUACACACGUGUAAAAUCUGUAAAGAAACAAAAUAAAAAAGUUAAUAUAUAAAAAAAAAGUGUGUAAAAAAGUUAAAAUAUUAAGGAGAAUCUCCUAUACUAACAUCAGAUUCAGAUAAGAGGUGAUAAAUCAUACUCUAAAUUUAAUCCCCUAGGGUAAGGGUAUCCAGCUCUCGUAUCCAACAUGCUUCUUUCCAGCAUAACCUCUUGGUCCUGUCUUCCCUCCUCAAUCUUUCUGGAAUAUGGUCUAUGGUUUGAAACUUUAACUGUGCAAUGUUGUGUCCAUAUUGAAGAAAGUGGGCUGGUACUGGUAAAUCCACCAAUCCAGUACGAAUAGUGGAUUUAUGCUUGGAGAAACAAUUUUUAAAUUUCUGGGUAGUUUGCCCCACAUAUAACAGGCCACAAAGGCACUUCAAAAUAUAAACAACAUACUUAGUAGAGCAUAUUACAUAGUGAUUAAUGGAAUAUUUCUUGCCACUAUGCGGAUGUACAAAUGUUUUACCUACAAUCAUAGAGUGGCAUGCGAUGCAGUUCAUGCAUGUAUAGUUGCCCUUGCGUUUAAUAUUGUCCUGGUUUUUCUCUGUUGGAAACGAGGCUUUAACUAAUUUGUCCCUGAGUGUUGGGCAUCUCUUAUAGGCCAUCGUUGGGGGUCUUGUAAGUUCCUCAAUAGUUGGGUAGCUACCAGUCAAAAUGUGCCAGUUUACAUACAAUUUUCCUUAUUCUCGAGGAAUGUGUACCCAACUUGGAUAUUAAUUUUAUCAUGUGUGUCUCAGUAUUUCUCACUCUUGCUCUACUGAUACUUCUGGGUCAUAUUUAUAGUUUUUUUAUUUUUUUAAAUUUUUUAUUUUUGUUGUGCACAAAAUAAACAGACAGCCUUGGUACGCCACAACAGUGGUAUCAAGGUAUAGAGAAGUUCAGUGUUCAAUGCAAGUUGUGACAUUUGCUAGUCAGGCACAUUUUUGUUUUAGUAGAAGCAAGGUUUAAACAGUUUGAUUUCUCUUUUUGGAUAAGUAAGCUAGCAAGGCAUACAUGUCGAGGAAAAAAGAUCAGAGGAGUGCCAAAGAGGGAAAACAUGAUAUGCACAAUUGUGUUUUAAAUAGAGAGUGAACGUGUAUGUGAGCUGUAUAGCUAUACUACAUGCUAGGCUAGGUGAUGUGUAGGUAAGCUGCCUUUAUACAAGUACUGCUGGCUAUAUGAGCACAAUGCUUGCUGCAAUAACACUUUCAUGGCAUUCUAUGGAGCUGCACAAUUUUAUGCUCUUUAGACUUUACAAGCUUAAUGAGUGGGUAAGACCCCUGGACGCCAGGUUUCUCAAGCUUAAUUUGGGGGUUCAGUGCACUGUUGAAGAUAUGUGAUUGGGAGCAGGUCAGCAAAAAACAAAGAAAAUCAAACAAAAUCGAACAUAAAGGAUGCUUAUAUAGAGUUUUGUCUCUUCCAGCAUGGCCACUGACUCCACUGUCAUCAUAUUCGAGUGCAUGGUUUCUGCUCGUCACCUUAGCCUAUCCCCGUCAGAGGCAAGGGUGUAUGGUAUACGGGAAAAUUCAGGCAUAUAGCAGUAUACAAAUCAAGGUAGGUCAUUAUAGAGGUUGCGAGGUUAUGCUGUCUGAUCCGCCGUCGUCUGCGGGAGGGCUUGUUAAUAGAGUCCUGCAUAGUGAAGGCGGUCGUGGGCUGCGGGAAAUCAAGCUAGCCCCAUCCAAUGGUAUUCCGGACAGUCAUCCAAUGCCCCUGCGAGGGUCGCUUCUCACUUUAGGACUCAGUCCUAAAGAGCAGUGUGGCAAUGUGGAGGCGGGGCGCCCCUCCAGCCCCGGGGUUGUGGGAGAGCCAGUACCUUUGUACCAUGAACCUGGAGUCCUGUGAAGUCCAGGGUCUUCCCGUUAGGGAUAGUGCGGUGGGCGCUGCUUGUUGGCAAUAUGGGACCCCAAUGGUGUCUUCUAGCCCUCCGCGUGUGUGGCCGGUACCUUCUGGUCGAAACCAUUUUUGCUCUCAGCCCAGGUGGGCAGAGUGUGCUGGUAGUGGAAGCUGGGGACAAGUUUGUGCCCUUAAGAGGUUUCCCAUUACUCCUGGUGCUGCCAUCUUGUGCUCCCAUAGGUGACAACUGCAGGGCAUUAGCUCGUUGUUCGCGGUCUAGCAGCUUCUCCCAGAACCUUGCAAAGAUUGUAUCAAGAGUGUCUGGUGCUGUAGUGCUGGGGUCUGCUGUGCCACGCUGUAGCCGGGUUAGGCCGCAUGUGUAAGAGCAUUGUACGUCCGCUAUCUUGGAUCCCUCCGCUCCUGAUCAGCUCAGGAGUAGUACAGGGUCCUCUUGGACGGAUUAGUCUGCAGCAGUUCGGAACGACAGGGACCGAGAUAAGCCCCACCGGUCCGGGGGGGGUAGGAGAUUCCUACUCAGACAGGUCUUGUGACUGCAGGAGGAAAGCAGGCGUCUUUCCCCCAUGCUCUCUCUGGUAGGCCGCACCUUGUUGUCUCGGUUCCUGUGUGCUCGGAACAUUAACUCCGGUAUCAAAGUUGCAGGUAAGUUGCUGCUUGUAGGGCUCCGUGGGUACCUUUUUCUAGCACCUGGGCCUGAGAAAUCACCGGGUUUGUUGCUCUGAACCAGGAGCUCAUGCAAGGCACAUCUGGCUAGCUUGCUAGUCAGGUUCCGCCCCAAAUCCACGCAAUUUAUCCAGAAGUUAGCACAGCUUGCGUGAUACAGGUUUUCUCCGUGCAUUAACCCAUUGAGGACUGAGCCAAAUGAGGUGCCAAAUGAGGUGUGGAGAUGGACAAUGGUGGUCUUGUGAGGUGUCUUCCCGGAGCUACUGCUCACAGAGACAGGAGACGUAUCUGUAAUAUUGUUAAGCAAGCAAAGCAGGAAGGGGAAUUGGAUGUACUUGUCCAUCUAGGGACAAAUGACUUGGCUUGCAAUGAGGUUUCAGAGGUUAAGGAAGUUUUUAGUGUUUUUGCCAAUGAUAUACGGCAGGUUGUUUCCACACUGUCAUUCUCUGAAGUUCUGCCUGUGCAUAACACUCAGAACGACAGGCGGAUGCGUAUUAGGGACUUUAAUUUGUGGCUUGGUGAAUGGUGUCGGGAGCAAGGAUUUGGCUUUAUUUCUCAUGGUAGCUCUGUUUGGAAUGGAUAUAAGCUGUACAAAAAAGAUGCUUUGCAUCUUUCUCAAAAGGGAACAAAUGUUCUCAGUGAGCAGUUCAGAGGUUUUGCUAGGAUGUAUUUAAACUAGGAGGGGGGGGGGCAAAAGGGUGAUAAAACAUCAAUCCAAUUGUCCCCCAAAACAAGGACAGAAGGUGCCUGUAGCUAGUGUGUUAAAAAAUGAUAAGCUUAGAGUCAUGUCUACAAAUGCUCGCAGUUUAGGGAAAAAGAUCCAUGAACUUGUGGCAAUAAUGGCAACUGAUAGUGUAGAUUUAGUCGCUGUUACUGAAACAUGGUAUAAUGAGAAAAAUGACUGGGGCAUAGCAAUACUAGGGUACUCUUUAUAUAGAAAAGAUAGGGAAGGCAAGAAAGGGGGAGGGGUGGCCCUGUAUGUGAAGGAUAGCAUAAAAUCUAGCCUAAUAAAAGUUAGUGAGACAAACAUAGAGUCCGUUUGGGUUACGUUAGAAUUUGGUAAUCACACAGUAACUCGUGUAAGUGUGAUUUAUAGGCCCCCAGGACAAAUUGAAGAGUUAGAUAAUCUACUAGUUGAGGUGAUGUAGAAUUAUUAAAAUCUUUACUGAACUUGUAUUGAAUAAUUGUACUAACUCCAUUUUUAAUCUCACACUGUGACAGAACUCUCCAUUUUGUUCACCUUACAUGACAGUAUUCAAUAUAAUGAAUAAGAGAUUGUAUUUUCUCUCUCUAAGGACAUAACUAGCCCCGGAGUUAGCGGAUCUCCGUUGACUUGCAACAUAGUAUAAUCCAAGGCCAGGAGAACAGCGACUAGAUGAAAUGUUCUAUUCAUAAAAGAACCUUGGAACAGACCACGAGACUGACAUCACUAACUACGUAAAAUGAUGCCCAAGCCCCCCCUUUCCACCGAGUAAGCCUCGUGCUAAAGAGCAAUGGCGACGACAUCCCAUGAUGGGAGGGUGCCUCACUAGUCACUCAAAUCUCUGAGCCAAUUAAUAAUAUUAAUGGGUGGACACUGACAUAGCCACUUAACAUUUAACCCAAUUAAUGAUGUUUAUUUGUUAUUAUCUGAUAUUCAAUGAUGAUGUCAUUUUGCAUAUAAAAAGGCCUGCGUGCCCGCUUUUUAACUAGAUGCUAAUAAAUUUCCUGAAGUGUUUUUAACCUGAACUGCAUGUGUCAGUGUAAACUUACUUCUGCGUAUACGCAAUUUAUUCAUCUCAGAUUUGGACAGGAACAGAUAGACUUUUAAACAUUUUUGUUUAUUUCUAAAUUAAUCUACUACAAUUGGCGCUUCCAACGUGGGGCUCUGGGCUAUGUCCUGUCUGGGCAGCUGUCCAAGAAGAUGCUGGGUGGGUGAAUCCUGGGGGAAGGAAAAGAGCCUGAUCACCUCUGAGUACACGGUAGAGAUUGCUGCAGCACCUAGCCGGUAUGUUCCUGCCCCUGUGAUUGACCUGUUCCAGUGUCUGUGACUGCUGCCGAGAGGACAUCAAAGUCAGGUAAUAACUUGCCCAGAGUCUUUGUAUUGUUAAUGAUACUUAAUUUACCUGCAUUUAGUCUAUCUGUUGCCUGGGUGUGCUAGUGGUAUAUGUUUUGUUCUUUCCCUCUUUUGGGAUAAAGGGGGGUGGACCCGUGGGUGGUUGCCUGGGGGUCUUCUGUUGCCUGUUUUUACCCCUUUUUAGGAGUCACUUGGCCCAGACUGUUGGGAAAAAAGGGGGGGUGGACCUGUGGGGAUUUUCCAAAGGGGUCCUGUUUUCCUGUUUACUUCUUUUAGGUACUGUCUAGCUAACAGUAGUAAGGAAAAAGAAGGGUUGGGGGAUCUGUGGAGGGGACUUGCCUCCUGGGGUUUCCCGGUUACGUCACUUUGAUAUUCUAGCUAGCCUCAUUGUGUACGUUGCUCUGCUUGCAGAGGUUAUGGUACCCUCCAGCUUCGAGCGCUGAGGCUGGUGGCAUUCCAAUUUAUUUGUGGUGUGUGGAUUCGGGCAGGCAUUGUUGUCUCCAUCACCACGGGGUAGUGUGACUUGUGGGUGGGUCCAUAGGGAGCACUACGGGAGUGAGGAUAGAGGUGGCCACACUUAGUGGACUGCUGUAACGAGGGAGGCAUAUGGAUUUCGGGCCGGUGUUAGUCGUUAUCCUUGGCCGCUGGUAGUGAAACUUACGAAAGUUGUUCUCCGAGCGGGGACACUACGAGAUUGAGGGAGGUGGCCUUGGUGGCCACAAGAGUAAAGGAAAGGGAUUACUGUUGAUGCAUGCACUGUAUUUCAAUUGAAAUGUUGUAUUAAAUGUUGUCUUAAGUGUGGAGUCAUUCAAACUCCUGGGUCUGUCUCUACUUUCACUGUUUACUUUUACUUUACUUCCUGUACUAUUUACACUAUCCACUCCUAUUUCUCUUGAAAGAGAAGUGAUUGGUCACACACUUCUCAACCCGCUCCAAUCCGUGGUUACCAUCGAGGGUACACGGAUUCAGUGACUGGUCUACGUUUUGGGAAGACGCACUGGGAGGGACCCACCCUUCCUAGUGGCAGUCGAGCAUUGUAGACGUUCUGUUUCAUUUUCCUUUACCUAUACUUGGGACGCUUUGUAUAGGGGGAUAUGGGACAGGAAACGAGUAAGCCCGCUAGGGGCUGGCUCGCGUGUGAUUUAGUUGAAGAUAGAGAAGGUGAAGAACUGGUUAAAAAUGUUGCAAAGAUUGCUAAAGUGUGUAAAAUUGCUGUGCCUUCAUGUGGUAGAUUACAACCAGAAAGUUGGCGUAGAUUACUGACAGAGAAGAAAGGCAAGCUUACAGAUAAUGAUUUAUUGCGUACUGCUGAAGCAUGGUACAGAGUAGAAAGGCUAUCCAGCAGGAGGGUUGGGUAGAGGAAGAGAUAAAUCAUAAAGGGUUAAGAACUGUAUGUAUAUCAUAAUAAUUGUGUUACUGGGAAGUUAUCCCAGCCAGUGCCCUGUCGGGGCGUCCAGGAGGUGACCACUUCCAUCAUCCUGUCAGUAAUGACCGAAAUGUAGCUGACCAUGGUCACCAUCCCACCCCAAUCUUAAAACGCUGUGGGGUUUUUGUAUUUUGUGUUAGCCAUUACCCUGGUAGAGGGUGGGGGUUUAAAUGAAAUGUUGUGUUUUUGUGUCUCUUUGCUUUGUAAUGUAAUUGUCCUUCUGUCUUGUUACUGUACAGCGUUGACAUGGUUAAAUUCGUGCUGGCAGGCAGUCUCUCUCUUGUUCCACUCAAAUCACCCUCUGCUAAAACACCCCCCCCCCUCCCCUCGCUUCUGUGAGACGCGGGGGGGGAGGGGGCAGAGGGGGGUGGUGACAUGCUUGCGAUUUAGGUCUGUCUCUUCGGUGUUCUGUAGAGUUAUUCAGAAGCUACUGAUAAGAUUUUAGCAAUGGAAUUUUUGCUAGAAAAUAUUCUAAUUGUGUAUUUUGUUAUCUCAAUAGAAAUUGAUAGGAUGGUUAGGGAGUGAAUCUGAUGCAGGAAUAGAAGUUAUUAAGUUAGUAUAUGUUUCUAGAGACAGCUUUGUGGGCUGUUAGAUGUAUAAUAUUCACAACUGUCUUAUUUAAUCCGUCAAGUCUGUCCACAGUUCAGAUUUUCAUUUUGCCGAACAGAAUGUUACUUCCCAUGAAACCCACGCCUCCAGAGAGACUUAGUAUGCCCUAAAGGAAAAUGGCCCCUAGAACAAAAGAAGGUUGUCCUUAAGUGCCUUCACUCUGCCCUUAGUGAGGUCAUAUCUGCCCAUAUAUCGUGUCAGUUCUGGCCAUCCAUGGCUGACGAGAUCUACUCCUAUCAUGCUCAUCCUAUCUUAAGACAUGCUGUCUUCCUUAAUUCCCACAUAUUAUGAACAAGAAAGUUACAAUUACUAAAAUAAUCCUGCUAAUGUUUCCCUAUAUCAGAAAAGUGUCUGUGACAAGUGAUGGUUAAUAUGUAGAAAGGAUAUAUAUAUACUGAUUCACGUGUUAAGUAACAAUAUGUUUUAACUUUGUGUACAAAAAAUUGAUAACAUGCUAGAAGAAGGUUGCUAAAAUGUAAUUUGCAAAUGUGGUGUGACCUACAAAUGAGAUCUGUUGGACACGAAUAUAAGAGCAUAACAGCUGAUUAUCCAGCUUCAUCUUACAACAAGGGAAAUAGCUAAAUAAUGCAAGUUAUUUUAAACAUUGUAUCUUUACUUAAUCGAAUCUUGCUAGUUACAGAUCGUAUGUUUACAGUAACAUCCUUUACGUUAAAUGAUGGUUUAGCAUUAGAAGGGUUUGUGACAUGUUUUAUUAACCCAGCCACUACUGGUUGUUCAUUUUAGUUACAGGGUGGUAUAAUUGUUGUAGUCUAAUUGAUAUAAAUGAUAGUACCGCAAUAGUUAACGUUUUAUCCAAAGACAUAUAGGAACUUUACUUCACUUACUAUUAACCAUUAUUUAUAAUGAUAGACAUGUUCAGACUGCAAAAAGCUAUGGCUAAUGACAUAGAAAGGGGUUUGAGUCAGUAACACAGCCCAUACAGAGGAGAGCAAACCCGCUGAUGCUUAAUGCCUCUGCCAUGGCAGUGUCUACAGGGAACAAGGGGGGCCACUUGCCACUGUGACUUUACCCAUUGAAGGACGAGAAACCACAUUUUUAGUUGACACAGGUGCAGCCCGAAGUGUUCUGAGAGAACAAGACCUGCCAGAUGCCUCAUUCCUAUCAGAAAUAGAUGUCUCUUGUGUUGGAGUGGAUGGCCAACCAAGGCACAGUCCUUUAACAACCCCAUUGCGAGUUGGCAAUUACCCAAACUUGCUUGCUCAAUUUGUAGUAUCCUCCACAUGCCCAAUUAACCUGUUAGGUGCUGAUGUCCUCUCACGCCUGCAGGCAUCUAUCACCUUCACCCCAGAAGGUCAAGUAGAAUUGUCUACUCCCCUAUCUGAAUCAGAUACCUCAGUUUUGUGCUCCCUACCUCUAGUGCUGCAUUUAGAUGAACCCCGUGGGGAAGCAAAAGAGCAGAGGUCCAAUUUUUCAGAUAUCAUCAAAACAAAGGUACCUGCAAAAUUAUGGUCCAAAGGCCCAGAAGACAUAGGUCAUCUGAGAGUUCCACCUGUGGUGGUAAAGCUCAUUCCAGGAGCAAAAUUACCAAGAAAACCACAAUAUCCUCUAAAGCCAGCUCAGGCUGCAGCUAUUUCAAUUCAAAUCAAAGCACUUUUGGAGAAAGGUGCUCUUGUGAAGUGUGAAUCAAAAUGCAACACCCCAUUAUUUCCUGUGAAGAAGAAAACACCAAAAGGGGAACCAGAGAAGUACAGAAUGGUCCAGGACCUCAGAGCUGUCAAUGAAGCAACUGUCCUGGACACCCCUAUUGUACCAAACCCCCACACUCUGCUAUCUGGAGUUCCACCAUCUGCAAAAUACUUCACAGUCAUUGACCUGGCUAAUGCCUUCUUCAGUGUUCCACUGGAUCCGACUUGCCAAUACCUGUUUGCUUUCACUCAUGAAAUGCAACAGUAUACAUGGACUGUCAUGCCCCAAGGGGCACAAAAUUCUCCAAGUCAAUUUGCUAAAGCCAUGUGCUCCAUCCUGGACCCAUGGCAAACAGACCACCCAGAAGUUGUCCUACUUCAGUAUGUGGAUGAUCUCCUACUUUGUGGGGAUGACAUACCUACAACAGAAGACUGUUCUAUUAGUCUCCUUUGCUACCUAGCAGAACAAGGAUGCAAAGCUUCACGUCUCAAGCUGCAAUUCUGUCAGCCAACAGUAAUCUUUCUUGGACAUUGCCUAUCUCAAGGCACCAGACAUCUCACUCGGGACCGAGUCAGAGCCGUACUGGAGAUUCCACCUCCAAGAACCACAAAAUCUCUCCAUGUUUUUUUAGGCCUCAUUUCCUAUUGCAGAGCAUGGAUCCCAGAAGCCUCUCUGCUUAUGCAGCCACUCUAUGAUGCACUCAAGUCAGACCCAUUCUGCCUGACAAAUGAAGCACUGGACAAUUUUAAAAUUCUGAAACGUACCAUUGCAUCUGCUCCUGCUCUGGGCCUACCAGACUACACCAAACCCUUCAAAUUAUUUGUCUCUGAAAGACAAGGCCACGCCACAGGAGUGCUUACCCAAACAAAUGAGUUAAGAGGCCGCCAAAGGCCUAUUGGGUUUUUCUCCUGUCAGCUGGAUAUCGUGGCCAGAGGGGCCCCUUCAUGCCUUAGGGCUGUUUUUGCUGCAAGAGAACUUAUUGAGAAAACUGCAGACCUGGUCCUUGGUCAUCCUCUGGUCGUAUUGGCACCUCAUGACAUUUCUGCCAUUAUCAACCAAGUCCAGCUCAAACAUGUGUCUCCUGCCAGACACCUGCGUUUACAGUGUCACCUCCUGCUACCUGACAACAUCACCAUACAAAGGUGUCAAGUUCUUAAUCCGUCCACUCUUCUUCCACUCCCUGAGGGGGGUAUCCACUAUGGGUUUAUCAUGGACGAAACCUAUAUUUUUCUCCUCACUGGAACCAUCAAGAGGAUGCAUCCUGAUUUAACCUUUUAUAAAGAACAAAAACCUCUCUGUGAGGGUCCAGGAUAUGCCUUCUGUACCACAUGGUACAAGCCGAACAUCUCUCCUGAACCUUGCUAUGAAGAUGAACUCUAUCACUGGGUGGAGGUGAAACUCACUGCUCACGACUUCUAUUGUGAUUCUGAAGGCAAUAGCAUGGUCUUGAUCGAACUACCUUCAGAACUCAAGUAUUUAUACCGUCAUUGGGAUACUGCUAUUCCACAUGUCCCUGUUACCAAGUUGAAAACAAAAUCAUGGAAUGAUCUCGGGCCCAUGGCGAAAUUAUGGGCCACCAUGGAUGACUCGAAGUUACAGGAAAAUGGCAUUGCCAAAUACCCCACAACUGACCUACUUGAAGCAUGGCCACGCCAUUUCCUGGAAAAUGACUUUAAAAGCCUGGUCAUAGUAAACAACUAUGACCCAGAGACUCCUCACGACUGUUUUGAACAGAUGAAAAUGGAGACCAUACAUCUACCAACGGUGCAUGAGAAUCCAUUGACAAAUCCUGAUUUCACUCUGUUUGUGGAUGGUUCAAGAUAUGCUGAUGAAGAAGGAAAAUACCACACAGGAUAUGCCGUAACCACAACAGAUGAAGUUAUCAAGUCAUCAUCUUUACCACCAGCAAUGUCUGCGCAAGAAGCUGAAUUACAAGCCCUGUCUUCAGCAUGCAAAAUCUCCGAAGGAAAACGUGCCAACAUCUACACAGAUUCAAGAUAUGCCCUAGGUGUGGCACACGACUUCGGCCUCAUAUGGAAGACAAGAGGAUUUCUUACUACUGCCGGCACACCAGUCAAACACAGCUCUGCAAUCAAAGAGCUAAUGGAUGCCCUCCUACUCCCUGAAGAAGUGGCCGUAUUGAAAGUCAAGGCACAUGGAAAGUUGGAUACAGAUGAAGCAAGGGGCAACCAUCUGGCUGAUCAGGCUGCUAAGCAAGCAGCAAGAAAUUUGCAGGAAGUGGACGAAGAAGUGUCCGGUCAAGAAGAAGUUCCUGUUUUUACUUUACAGACCCUUCCUACUGAUCUAAGGAUUUUGCGGGAACAGCAAGCCGCAAUUACCCCUGAAGAGAUCCAGAAAUGGAAGAAGAAAGGGGCUGUCUUAAAGGACGGAAUAUACUAUAACAAUUUCAAAUUCUGCCUUCCAAAAAACUUAUACCCAGCAGUUGUCCAAUGGGCACACGGACCAGCACAUCUGUCAAAAGAUUUAAUGGCCGCCCUCAUCCAGAAGUAUUAUGAAGCCCCUGGAAUAACAACAUUGAUCACUAACUUCUGCAGGGUUUGUGCCAUUUGCGCAAAAUGCAAUCCAGGGAAGCCAAUCAAAGUGCCUACAAAACAUCUGGCUAAGCCCAUGUACCCAUUCCAGAGAAUUCAAAUUGAUCAUAUACAAAUACCCAAGAGCGGGCCCCAUGAAUAUGCACUAGUGAUAGUGGACAUGUUCUCAGGCUGGCCAGAAGCCUACCCAGUAGCCAAUAUCACUGCCAAAACAACAGCAAAACGUCUACUUACAGAUGUUGUAUGUAGGUUUGGACUUCCAGAAGUUAUUGAAAGUGACCAGGGCCCAGCCUUUACAGCAACAGUGACUAAAGAGAUUUGGACUGCUCUGGGGGUGACCCUAGCCUUUCACACCCCUUACCACCCACAAAGUAGUGGGAAAGUGGAACGCAUGAACGGCACCUUAAAAGCCAGAAUGCUUAAAAUGUCACAAGAAACAAAGAUGCCCUGGCCAGAAAGUCUACCAAUAGCUCUAUUUAGUGUUAGGCACACACCUAGAGGGAAGCAUUCACUAUCCCCAUACGAGAUUCUAUUUGGGACCGCACCCAGACUAGGUUGUUAUUAUCCACAACAGUUACAGCUUCAAUCUGAUGUUUUAGUAGACUAUGUAAUUGAACUUGCAAGUGCCUUGAACAAAAUACAUGCCCAAGUUUUCUCUUCAAUUCCAGAUCCCGAUUUGGAUACAGGUACCCAUAGCCUGCUUCCUGGAGAUUGGGUUCUGGUCAAGAAGUUUGUGCGGAAACAUACCUUGGAACCAAGAUUUGACGGGCCAUUCCAAGUUCUCCUAAUCACCGCAACCUCCGUCAAAUUGGCCGGCCGGCCACAUUGGAUCCACGCUUCCCAUUGUAAGAAAGUACUUGCCCCAGAGGAAGCUAGUACCGCACCACCAUGUACCUCUGGUACAGUAUCUUCUUAAUCAGCUUAAUUAAAGCUCAACAAGUAGCCAUCACUAAAGAUGCUAGUGGGUACACCUUCUGGUAUAAUUCAUCAUGUACCCGUGUGGCUACUUAUACUUUUGACUACUGUGACAUCGUAGAAUGCCCAUUCCCCACGUCACAGAUUCAGAAUAUCUAUAGAGAUAUCCCUCAUUCAAAAGACCCCUAUGUUUGUGUAGUUGACAAACAAUGGGGGCACAACUGUAACCAUUGGGGGGCGGCGGGAUGGAAUGCCGGGCCUGCCUGGGGUUACAAACCAAAAAGUGCCUUAUCUAAAAUUGAUGAUCACGGUAGGUCCCUCCUCCAGAGAAUGACUCUAAGAAAGCCCGGAGGAGGCAUACCUAUGAAAUUAAUCUUAAACAUUGAGCAUCCCAGCCCAACGGAUGCAGACCAGUAUGUAAUGGGAAUGUACUGGAAGAAGGGUUCCUAUAAUAAAUUAGGACAUUUCCACCUUAAAGAUAUGUGCCACUCUCCUGAGUGGAAAGGGACCACCCACAUGGUCUCAAAUCCGUUGAAACCACACAUCCAAUCUUUUAAAGACAUGAUGGCCAUUGCAAAUCCAACAUUUGAAGAUACCAUGGCCGCUGAAACAGGUUUCAAUGAUGUUAAUCUAUGGUUAGAAUGGAUGAAAUAUAAUGCCAACAAACAUAACAGAACCGCAUGCUAUGUGUGUGGUGGUGCCCGGCCGCACCUGGGCACUGUGCCUUUAACUUUGCCAGUAGAUAUAGAAGAAUGUGUUCUGAGUCUUUUUGCCUAUCACUACAAUUUCAAUAGGUCCAUAUGUAAAGCAUGGACAGUAGAGUAUCCUCUUCUAGUCAAAGAUUGCAAACCCCCAGAUGGUGUUACCGUCUAUAAAGGUAAUUAUACCUGUUAUGCUAAUUAUGAUGGAAUUGGUAAAUUUGUGGGUAACUUCUCUAAAGGUUAUUGUGCCACCUACAGAACUGUCUCUAUGAACCUCCUACAAUUCCACACUAGAUCAUUGGGGGAUAUUUACUGGUUGUGUGGGGAUCUACAGCUGAGAUCAAGAAUGGAUAAAGAAUGGUGGGGGGAGUGUACUCUGGCUAAAGCAAUCAUGCCCAUACAUAUUAUCUCUGACACACACCCCGAUACUCAUGAGUCCAAACACUCACCAACCAAGGUAAAGCGUGAAGCCCCAGUAAAAGGCAGUUUUGACCCUCAUAUUUACAUUGAUGCCAUUGGGGUACCUAGGGGGGUGCCCAAUGAGUUUAAAGCCAGGGAUGAAGUUGCUGCAGGAUUUGAAUCACUUUUUACCAUAGUCACUGCAAACAAGAAUUUAAAUUGGAUAAAUUACAUCUACUACAACCAACAACGGUUUGUUAAUUACACCAGGGAUGCCCUUCAGGGUUUGGCCGAACAGCUGCAGGCUACGUCCCAAAUGUCAUUCCAGAAUAGAAUGACUUUAGAUAUGAUUCUAGCCGAAAAAGGAGGGGUAUGUAAAAUUCUGCCUGACACCAUGACAUGUUGUACUUACAUCCCAGAAAACACAGGCCCCAAUGGUAAAGUAACCUUAGCCAUAGAAAAAUUGAAAGAGCUCUCUGAGGAGCUAAAGAGGAACUCUGGGAUAAAAGAUCCCUGGGAGAGAUGGUUUGGUUGGAUGACAGGAUGGCAAAAAGCUUUGAUGCAUAUUGGUAUAGCAAUACUAAUUUUCCUUUUUAUCUUUGCUCUUCUCGUUUGUUGUGUCCUCCCUUGUCUGAGAAAGCUCCUCUUGAAGACUGUAGACCAAGCGGCACCCACUUACGCACACCUCACAGUUGAUGACCAAGAUUUCCAAAAAGUCAACUCGCCCUGUAUACCGCUACAAUCUAUCCCGUUUAUUGAUAAAGUGCAAGAGUUCUAGGAAGGGACCAGCUUAGGGACAGCAUCUGUCUGUCUGGGAAGUCUACCGUGCGGAGAUGUGGUGGGUUAGCCACCUCGGGAUACCCAUGGAGUGAAGUGUUCGAGUGCCCAGCGGACAGAUGAGUUAGCCAAUUAGGGACAGACGAAGGGACAGCUUUGCACUUUGCAAUAACACCUAGCUAGCGGGUCACGGGGUUUCUGUGCCUUUGGGCUAACACGUCUUCUGAUACUAACAAAUAAAGAUUAUCUUUUAGAAUCUAACAUUUCAUAGGGGGGACUGAUGUAGAAUUAUUAAAAUCUUUACUGAACUUGUAUUGAAUAAUUGUACUAACUCCAUUUUUAAUCUCACACUGUGACAGAACUCUCCAUUUUGUUCACCUUACAUGACAGUAUUCAAUAUAAUGAAUAAGAGAUUGUAUUUUCUCUCUCUAAGGACAUAACUAGCCCCGGAGUUAGCGGAUCUCCGUUGACUUGCAACAUAGUAUAAUCCAAGGCCAGGAGAACAGCGACUAGAUGAAAUGUUCUAUUCAUAAAAGAACCUUGGAACAGACCACGAGACUGACAUCACUAACUACGUAAAAUGAUGCCCAAGCCCCCCCUUUCCACCGAGUAAGCCUCGUGCUAAAGAGCAAUGGCGACGACAUCCCAUGAUGGGAGGGUGCCUCACUAGUCACUCAAAUCUCUGAGCCAAUUAAUAAUAUUAAUGGGUGGACACUGACAUAGCCACUUAACAUUUAACCCAAUUAAUGAUGUUUAUUUGUUAUUAUCUGAUAUUCAAUGAUGAUGUCAUUUUGCAUAUAAAAAGGCCUGCGUGCCCGCUUUUUAACUAGAUGCUAAUAAAUUUCCUGAAGUGUUUUUAACCUGAACUGCAUGUGUCAGUGUAAACUUACUUCUGCGUAUACGCAAUUUAUUCAUCUCAGAUUUGGACAGGAACAGAUAGACUUUUAAACAUUUUUGUUUAUUUCUAAAUUAAUCUACUACAGAGGAAAUAGCUAAAAUGACAAUGAAGGGGGAAGCUAUCAUCAUGGGUGACUUUAAUCUUCCUGAUGUAUAUUGGAAAACAAAAUUAGCUACUUGUGCCAGGAGCACACAUAUUCUAAACUCACUACUGGGAUUGUCUCUAAAACAAGUUGUUGAAGAGCCAACUCGUAAAGAGGCCAUACUAGAUUUAGUGUUAACAAAUGGAGAUUUAGUAUCAGAUAUUACUGUAGGUGAAAGUUUAGGAUCCAGUGAUCAUCAGUCAGUGUGGUUUAAUAUAAGAACAGUGACUGAGUCACACCACACAAAAACAAAAGUUUUAGACUUUAGAAAAACAGACUUUUCUAAAAUUAGAAUAUGUGUAGAGGAGUCAUUAUCAGAAUGGAGCAAUUUAAAUAGAGUCCAAGAGAAAUGGGAUUAUUUAAAAGUUGCACUAUUGAAGGCAACAGAAAAUUGCAUUAGGAUCGUCAGUAAAAGCAAAAAAUUCAAGAAACCACUGUGGUACUCCGCAGAUGUGGUCAAAAUAGUUAAAAACAAAAGGUUAGCAUUUAGGAAUUAUAAAAAAACCCAGAGUGAGGAAGACAAAAUUAUCUAUAAGAUUAGGCAGAAAGAGGCUAAGCAAGUUAUAAGAGCUUCCAAAUCACACACAGAAGAGAAAAUAGCACAGUCAGUAAAAAAUGGGGACAUUUUUUUUUUUAUAUACACAAAUGAGAAAAGAAAAGUAAAACAAGGAUUAGUUAGAUUAAAAACAAAAGAAGGAAGGUAUGUAGAAGAGGAUGAAGGUCUGGCUGACUGCCUCAAUGAAUAUUUUUGUUCUGUGUUUACAGAUGAAAAUGAAGGGAAAGGACCUCAGUUGAGAAAAAGGAUAAAUGAGUCAUUUAUUACACGUGAGUUUACAGAGGAAGAGGUUCUAUUUCAACUGUCAAAAGUAAAGACAAAUAAGUCAAUGGGACCUGAUGGAAUACACCCAAAGCUAUUAAAAGAGCUUAGUGGUGUACUAGCAAAACCAUUAACAGAUUUAUUUAACCAAUCAUUGUUAACAGGAGUAGUCCCAGAAGAUGGAAGUUAGCGAAUGUUGUGCCCAUUUACAAGAAAGGUAAUAGGGAGGAGUCAGACAACUAUAGGCCAGUAAGCCUUACUUCAGUAGUGGGGAAAGUGAUGGAAACCAUGUUAAAGGAUAGGAUUGUUGAACAUCUAAAAACACAUGGAUUUCAAGAUCAGAGACAACAUGGGUUUACUUCAGGGAGAUCAUGCCAAACUAAUCUUAUUGAUUUUUUUGAUUGGGUAACUAAAAUUAUAGAUCAGGGUGGUGCAGUAGACAUUGCUUACCUAGAUUUCAGUAAGGCUUUUGACACUGUUACACAUAGAAGGCUUAUCAAUAAACUGCAAUCUUUAAGUUUGGAUUCCAAUAUUGUUGAAUGGGUAAGGCAGUGGCUGAGUGACAGGCAACAGAGGGUUGUAGUUAAUGGAAUAUAUUCGAAGCUUGGACUUGUCACCAGUGGGGUACCUCAGGGAUCUGUACUUGGACCCAUUCUCUUUAAUAUUUUUAUUAGUGAUAUUGCAGAAGGUCUUGAUGGUAAGGUAUGUCUUUUUGCUGAUGAUACUAAGAUAUGUAACAGGGUUGAUGUUCCAGGAGGGAUAAGCCAAAUGGCAAAUGAUUUAGGUAAACUAGAAAAAUGGUCAGAAUUGUGGCAACUGACAUUUAAUGUGGAUAAGUGCAAGAUAAUGCAUCUUGGACGUAAAAACCCAAGGGCAGAGUACAGAAUAUUUGAUAGAGUCCUAACCUCAACAAUUGAGGAAAGGGAUUUAGGGGUGAUUAUUUCUGAUGACUUAAAGGUAGGCAGACAAUGUAAUAGAUCAGCAGGAAAUGCUAGCAGAAUGCUUGGUUGUAUAGGGAGAGGUAUUAGCAGUAGAAAGAGGGAAGUGCUCAUGCCAUUGUACAGAACACUGGUGAGACCUCACUUGGAGUAUUGUACACAGUACUGGAGACCGUAUCUUCAGAAGGAUAUUGAUACCUUAGAGAGGGUUCAGAGAAGGGCUACUAAACUGGUUCAUGAAUUGCGGGAUAAAACUUACCAGGAAAGGUUAAAGGAUCUUAAUAUGUAUAGCUUGGAGGAAAGACGAGACAGGGGGGAUAUGAUAGAAACAUUUAAAUAUAGAAAGGGAAUCAACACAGUAAAGGAGGAGACUAUAUUUAAAAGAAGAAAAACUACCACAACAAGAGGACAUAGUCUUAAAUUAGAGGGACAAAGGUUUAAAAAUAAUAUCAGGAAGUAUUACUUUACUGAGAGGGUAGUGGAUGCAUGGAAUAGCCUUCCAGCUGAAGUGGUAGAGGUUAACACAGUAAAGGAGUUUAAGCAUGCGUGGGAUAGGCAUAAGGCUAUCCUAACUAUAAGAUAAGGCUAGGGACUAAUGAAAGUAUUUAGAAAAUUGGGCAGACUAGAUGGGCCGAAUGGUUCUUAUCUGCCGUCACAUUCUAUGUUUCUAUAUGUUGUGAUCAAAACAAAACCUAAACAAAAACUUGAAUUUGCGCUAUAUGUCUGUUCAGGCGUAAUUCGUCUCUUUCAUAUUAUGUGCACCCACACUUAUUAUAUAUCAUUUUAUUCAGGGGAAACAGGGCUUUAAUGUAACAUCAAAUAUUUAGCUAUGAAACAUAAUUUAAUAUGAAUAAAAUAUAAAAAAAUGGGAGAAGAUAAGAAUUUUUAAAAAAUAUUUAGUUCUACGUGACAUUUUAACUGUGAAUGUCAUAAUAUUGUUUGCUUUUACUGCAAUAAAAUACAUAUAUUUGUAUUCAGCGAUGUUUCUCGUGUAAAACAGUACCCCCUAUGUAGAGGUUUUAUGGUGUUUUGGGAUAUUACAGGGUCAAAUAUAGCAUGCUACAUUUUUCAGUUUUUUCACAUUGAAAUUCGCCAGAUCGGUUACGUUGCCUUUGAGACCGUAUGGUAGCCCAGGAAUGAGAAUUACCCCCAUGAUGGCAUACCAUUUGCAAAAGUAGACAACCCAAGGUAUUACAAAUGGGGUAUGUCCAGUCUUUUUUAGUAGCUGAACACAAAUAUUAGUGUUUCAAAACAGCAAAACGUAUCACAACAAUUAUAUUGUCCGUGCAAUUUGUGUGUGAAAAAUGCAAAAAAAAAAAUUCACUUUCAUUGACGAUAUCAUCGUUGUAAUACAUUAAUAUUUGUGUUCAGUGAAGUCUUCCGAGUAAAACAGUACCCCCAUGUACAGGUUUUAUGGUGUCUUGGAAAGUUACAGGGUUAAAUAUAGUGCUAGCAAAUUAAAUUCCCUGGACUUUCAUCCUGGCUUGUCAGGCAGGUCCAGCAAAUUUUAAUUAAUAAAAUGACCUAAUUAUGUAAAAUUAUUACAUAAAUAUAUACGUAGAAUUAUAUAUAUAUAUAUAUAUAUAUAUAUAUAUAAUAAUAUUGAAGAAAGAUGCACUCACCCUUCUUGAUGUAAUGAAUAGUAAAGUGCCCUGGUGCAAUCUUAUGCUGAUAAAUAAUUAUAUUGAAGAAAGAUGCACUCUCCGGUCUUUUUAAGAAUAUUAACGGUCUUUAAUCCAUCAAAGGUUUACAUGUUGUUUGAUCAACGUUUCGACCCAUUCGGGUCUUCCUCAGGAUCAACUUAUAACCAUAAAAUCAAGAUAUAUAUAGAAAAAGAUAGACAGUACAGUAGAUCCCUCUAUCAUGAUUCACUCUGCUGAUAAAGGUGGAGCAACAGUCAUACAAUCAUACCAGAAAUAUCGCAAAGAGAUAAUGCGACAGUUGGAUGAUGGUGCCACUUAAAUCAAACUUACCUAUGAUCCUGUGGCAAAGUUCCAAACGAGGAUUAAAAACCACAUAGAAUUGGGAGUCCGCAAUGAAUAUCUGGAUGAGAAAACAGCACUAUUUCUUUAUGUUGAAAAUCCGAAACAUCCAGUGUUAUAUACAUUACCCAAAAUUCACAAGGACCCCAUAACACCUCCGGGCAGACCAAUCGUGUCGGCGAAAGAAGGCUUAUUAGAACCUAUUACGAAAUAUAUUGAUUAUUACAUCAAAAAAAGUGUAAUGGCAUUACCUACAUGUUUGGGAGAUACUCAGGAUUUCAUUCACAAGAUCAAUCAAACACCUGACAUUGAAGAAAUAGAUUUACUAGUUACGAUGGAUGUCCAGAGCCUAUACACAGUCAUACCUCAUAGUGACGGUGUCCAGGCUCUGAGAGAAGUUUUAAGCUCGUCCCCACUUUACCUGGGACCUCCCAUAGAGUUCCUAAUGGAAUUUCUAUAUAUUGCCUUAUCCUGCAAUUAUUUCAAAUUUGAAAAUAAUUUUUUUCUACAACUAUGUGGGACUGCCAUGGGUGCAGCAAUGGCACCUUCUUACGCCAAUGCAUUUAUGUUUGUUUUUGAAAACACACAGAUUUAAAAAAAAUAUGGAAAUCGAAUUAAACAUUAUCAUCGUUUUGUGGACGACAUCUUCCUGGUCUGGAGUGCAGAAGAAUUUAAUUUAAUGAUACAGGAGAUCAACCAAGUUCCUACACCGGGGAAGUUGAGCAUGAUGUGUGAUUUACAAUCCAUAGAAUUUCUGGACGUGAUGAUCUUCAAGCAACAGGGCAAGUUAAAAUUUACUUUAUAUCGAAAAGAGACAGAACGCAACACUCUACUGCUGGCCUCAAGUUGUCAUCCCAGAAACUUCAAAGCCUCCCUACCUAUAUCCCAAUUCCUGCGGGUAUAUAGAUAUAACAGUACCAAAGAAAAAUGUGAAAUACAACUACAAGAAAUGUGGAAUAGAUUUAAGGCCAGGGGAUAUCCGUUCCACACUCUUGAAACAGCACAAAAACGAGCCAAAGAAAUCUGGGAAUCUGAAAAGAAUAACAAGGCAAUUAAAAAAACAUUGACAUCCAAGAUAUUUUUACCCUAACUUUCCAUACGGGUACUUCAAAAGUCAGAGAAUCUAUUAACAGACACUGGGACAUGUUACAGACUGAUAAACAACUACCUAAGUCUUUUCAAAACCGACCCACACUGAGUUAUAAAAGAAAUAGAAAUCUCAAAGAUAUUCUCACAAAGAAUGACCCUAGACACUUCUAUCAAGGAGCCACCAAAAUUGCUAAAAAGGGAUGUUUUAAGUGCAGUGGAUGCGUUACCUGCAGUCACAUGGUUAGUGGAGCAACUUUUGUCCAUCCUCAUAAUGGUCAAAGAAUUAAUAUUCCCCAUUAUAUUACCUGUACCACUGACCAUGUGAUCUAUUUAAUUACGUUCCCAUGUGGUUUAUCUUAUGUGGGUAAAACUGAUCUUACCCUUAGGGAUCGGAUUCAGGGACAUCGAUCUAAUAUUAUGACUGCAUUACGGGAUAAUUACAGCGACAAACCGGUGGCGAAACACUUUUUGGCUCUUGGACACAGACUACCAACCUUACGCUUUACAGCAAUUGAUCACAUCCCCCCUUUACCUAGAGGCGGAGACAGAUCCAGAAUGCUGUUACAAAGAGAGGCACGCUGGAUCUAUCGACUGGAUACUGUGGCCCCUAAAGGACUCAAUGAAAAUAUUGUAUACUCAGUUUUUCUUUAAUCUGCUAUUUCUAAAUAAGGUUAUAAUGUAUAACUUUAAAAUUCCGAAUCCUCUCUAUAUGAAGCUAUGAAGAUAUUAUAUGUCUAGGAUCUAGAUUGUUCAAAUGUUUUAUUUUUUGUAUACAUUUUGUACUGUUUAUUUUUUUGUAGUUCAGAGUUAUAUUCUUUUCAUUUAUUUUGAUUUUUGGUAGUCUCAUAUCUAUAUCCUUGGGCACUAUAUCUCAUUAAUCUUUAAUCUCAAUUCGAAAGAUACCUAUAUCAUCCUUUUGACAUCUGGACAUCUUUUUUUUUUUUUCCAACAUCCUAUCUCCAGGUGUGGGAUAGGGUGAAGGGGACCGAAUAGAUAAAAACAGCUAAUAUACAGGUGGAAUAAUAUAUAUACAUAUAAAAAGUUCUGCAUAACUUGGAUUGCUCUAUAAGAUAUAAAACAAUUGUUGUUCCUAUUGUUUAGGGAACGAUGUCCAAAUGUUGAUACUUCUAAGCUCCUCUGUUUAUUAGAGAGCUAUUAUGGGGUAUACAUUGUGACCUUUCAAAUUGCUCCUGCCUAUGCCUUUAAGUAACAGAUAAUCUAUAUUAUACACAAAAAAACAUAUACUUUAGUUUAUGUCCAUGGCUGACAUAUAUGUUUUAAUUUGGUAUUUGUAUAUAUGUUUAACUACACAAAUCUAUUUUCACCUUGGUUGCAUACACUUUGGUGUAAGAUCGUUUUUUACACAUGACACUUUAUGACACUGUAUUUCUAUCACUUGCUGACACAUAUAUUUAAUGAAUGUGUGUAGAUUAUAUACACUGCUUUCACCUAUGGAAUUUAAUAACUACCCACAUAUAUUUCAUAAUCACAGACGGAUAUGAGACCAUUCCUAUAAUAUUUUCAUUGGUCUCCUAGCAACUCCACUCACUGGCAUCACUCUCACAUGAUCCUGUAUGUCACGUGACUUCUGGUUUUCACUUCCGGGUGUGGACUGAAUGGAUGAGGGAAUCACAUCACAAUUGGUGAGUACUGUCUAUCUUUUUCUAUAUAUAUCUUGAUUUUAUGGUUAUAAGUUGAUCCUGAGGAAGACCCGAAUGGGUCGAAACGUUGAUCAAACAACCUGUAAAUCUUUGAUGGAUUAAAGACCGUUAAUAUUCUUAAAAAGACCGGAGAGUGCAUCUUUCUUCAAUAUAAUUAUUUAUCAGCAUAAGAUUGCACCAGGGCACUUUACUAUUCAUUACAUCAGGAAGGGUGAGUGCCAUUAUUUGUGCUUUAUAUAUAUAUAUAUACAUAUAUAGUGAUAUAUACAUAUAUACUUAUGUAUAUGGAUAUAUAUAUAUAUUAUUUCGUUCUACAUGUAUUUUGAUAUCAAUAUAUAUAUAUUAAUUUUAAGAAUACAGUUAGAACGAAAUUACACAUAUAUAUUUUUUUAUUUAUUUUUUAUAAUUUUUUUAUUUGAUUUUUUUACGUAUUUGCAUAUUUAUUUAUUUUAUAUUAUAUAUAAAUAUAUAUAAUGAUAAUUAUAUAUAUAUAUAUUUAAUCAAUAUCAUUCUAUGUGUAUUUUGAUAUUAAUAUAUAUAUAUAAUUAGUGUAUGUGUAUUUAUGUGUAUGUAUGUGUAUCAUAAUAAAUAUAUAUAUAUGAUCUAAGUAUAUAUAAUUUAAUUUUAAACUGUUUUAAAUCAUUUUAAUUUUUUUUACAGACAGCAGGGGGAGUACCUGUCAUUACAGGCACUUCCCCUGCUGGCAUUGCUAUGGACGGCUAUGCCGUCCAUGUGAUCGCGAGGUCCUCGCAAGGACCUCACGAUCACAUGGCCCAGGGGAGCCGAAGAGGAAGGAGGGGCUCCCGUGGGAUCGCCAGUGACUGGGUAAGUACAUAGGACAACGGGGACGUGCCAUGCCGCCCCCCGGCGUUUAGAGUCGGGUCCCUAAGGACGGCAUAGCACGCCCGCCGUCCUUAAGGGAUUAAAAUGCCAUCUGUGAAUUCUGCCCCGUGCUGUUUAUCUGCUAGUAGACAGACACCACAGCAUGUUUUUGAGCAGUGGGCUGAAUCGGAGAGGGGGCCUUCAAAUUUCACAAUCCAGGAACAAGAAGGAGGGCUGCUGUCUGCCAGGCUUCAGCAUAUUCUCCUGAGUCAUAUUUUUUAAUUUCCUCUUUUUGGGCGGUAAGUGUAGAGGUGGGAUACCCACAUUGUAUGAACUUUCCUACCAUGUCAUUCAAUCAUGUCUCAAUCUGGUCUUAACUAGACACCAAUCGUUUAACCCUUAACAGUUGGCUUUACGAGUCAACUUUAAAGGUAGAAGGGGGGUGAAAACUAGUGUAGUGCAGUAUUGUGUUCCUGUAUAAGUCGGUAGACAAUACAUUAUUACCUUUUCCUAUCAAAAUGUCCAAGAAUGGUAGUUUGUGAAGAUCAUGUGUCAUAGUAAACUUCAUACAGUCAGAACAGGUAUUGAGGAACAAAAAGAAACUCUCCAAGGAUUCCAAUGUGCCACACCACAACACCAGCACGUCAUCUAUAUAUCACCAUAUUUUUUGGUUUUAUAAAAAGGAGUCUAAAUCAGUUUCUGAAAACCGGUUUGGAGAGUUUAGCCAGUCCAAGGCAUGUCUAAGCUAAGCCUCUGGGUUAUACUCCUUAGCAUUCUGGAGGUUAAACCUUCCUGUGGAAUUUGGAUUGGUUUCAUUUCUUAAGACUUAAAUAGGCCAGAGCUUCUCUCUAAAGAAAAGAAGAUUUUUUAUUAAGAAGACAUUCAUCCUUUCUGGAGAGUAGAACAGGCAGGACUUGUAAGGGAUACAGUUUUGCGAAACAUAUGAAUUUGUAGAGAUGUGCCUAUCCAAUAUAAAAGAUGGGUAAUGUUUUUCAUUAGUCUAGUUCUGUGAAAAGGGAGGUGAGGAUAGGAAAGAUGAUUAGUUCAUCUACCAGCAUCAGAAUGUAGAAAUGAAGACUCCUGAAUUUUUCAGGGCCAAUGGUUGCCACUUAAGUACGCGUGACAGGGAAUGCAGAGGGAACCUCCGCAAGUGGAGAGCAGUGCUAUUUCAUAUAUUUUUUUGGGCUAAAUGCAGUGGAAGUAAAAAAACUAAACAAAAAACGCAACUUACCUCCACUGGUUUUCCAUUUUGUAGCAACAUGGAAAUAUAUUCUCCAGAAAUGCAGUUUGCAUACAUGUGUAGAAAACGGCAACAGUGAACUCAUUUUAAUAGCAUGUAAGUAAAAAUAAACUAAAUGAUAAAGAAUUUUAUAACGACCUAGCACAACUAACUUUUGGUUGUAUUUAAAUUGAGGUAGUAACAAGUGCUCAUUAAAGGGUUUUGCCAACCUUUUAUAAAGUUUUAUCAAAAUAAUUCCCUAUUUGCAUUAUUCUGUCCUUGACUGAAACAGGCAAGGAGCGUUUAUAUUAGGUUUUUACUCACCUUAAUCUAGUGACGAGCAAAGAUCCUAGCUCCGCUCGGUGCACCCCAGUCAGAUGUCAAGGGGGUUAUGCCAACAUCCAAUCAAAGGCUUCUCUAGGAGACUAUGAGAAGUCAUUGAUUGGAUGAUUUAAUGGGCUCCAAGUGCAUAUGUUCACUCAGAGCCCACAGGGGGAGUAGGAAAGCGAUGGCGGGAUAAAAAAAUAACCUAGGGGGAAGAGGGGCUGAGAGAAGUCAGGAGACUUCAAGCUUCAGGAUGGUUCAGUACUAGCCAUCUCCAAUUGCUAUGCAUUCUACAUAAACAUUGUAGGUAUGAAAGAAAAGAAGAGAGAUAGAUUGAAAAACAAAUCAAAACAACAUCUCAACAGGAUUGGUAAGUUUGCUCGUAGACUGUUCUCCAUUUCCAGAAGCAAAUGCGUUCAGGUGUUAGUAGCUUGCGAGUUGCCAUUUCUCAGGAUGAAAGUGGUGAUGUGGGUUGGGUCCCAGUUUCCUGUGGUGGUGUCUGGUUGCGGUCCCCUGUUCUGCCCUGCCAGUCCCAGUGCCUUCAGGAGGGCUGGUGCCCCUUCGACGGAGGUAAUUGUGUGAUUAGUUCCAUCGUGGGGUACUAUCAGAGUCCCCGGAGCUACCCAGCGAUAGGUGAUGGCUGCGUUUCUCAGUUGUGAAGUGACAGUUCCCAUUGACUUACGCCAGAGUAGUGUGCUUUUGGUGAGGUCUUGAAAAAAGGCCAAAGAGAAGCCCUCAAAGGCCAGAGGCGUUUUGUUUCUCAGGGCUGUCAUGAUUUGGGUUUUGUCUUGGAAGGUUAGACAUCUGACGUCCCUUGCAACUCCAGGCAAUAGUUUGGCAGAGCUAUUGAUGCGAUAUACUCCGUCUAUAACCACCUUUUUGGCAGUAGUGUGGGGUAAUAUGGUUGCCAGUAACCUGCGGCGAUAGUGUGGGAGCUCCUGGGCCGUAACCUCAGCAGGGAUUCCGCGUAUUUUUAUGUGGUUUUUCUGCGCUGUUUGUCUUCCAGGGCUGUGAGUUGUAGGGAGAAGUGUAAAUGAUGUGCUUGAAGCUGGUGCCAUGUCUCUUAAAUGGUUUUGAUGUCUAUUCUGGAGUCAAGUAUUUCCUCCUCCGUGGCCCGCACCCGGUCAGUGAUGGCUUGUAUGUCAGUUCUCAACAGCAUUAGGUCCGCUGCCUAUAAUUUAUGUAUAAAGUAAUAGAGGUCCUUGGUUCAAGACAGGUAAUUUAUUAGGAACCACAACAGCAACGUUUUGACCCUAAAAGGUCUUUGUCAAGCUGAUACAUACAUCAAUUUUACAAUAUAUAUAACAAUCUUCAAACAAUCACAAUUAUGAAAUACACUUGUGAAUCAGUAUCCUAAGCAAGUAGUUUAACAGCUGAAAGUAGUAUACUACUUAUCGGCAAUAAUUAAUUACAUUUUUUAGAAAUAGAGUCUAGUACUUAAUUGCCAAAAGCAAACGAGCUUUGAAAGACAUUAAUUUGUUGAUACAGGAAAAAGAAAUGUAUAUAUUAUUUUUAUAUGGAUACUGACAUAACAUCCAAGUGUAUAUAGGACAUAAAAUACACAUAUACACAACAUAAACACAAUAUAAAGAUAAGACCAGAGUAUACGAUUACAGAAAUUUCCAUUAUCGAUUAGAAAUCCUUGAUCAAAAUCACAGAGUAUUAAUAUUAAGUAUCCUUAACACAUAAAGCACAUCGAGUUCAGAGUUUUCAUAUAUAGAAGAAAGUGUGUAUAAAAAGAUGCCAUUAAGUAAGUUAUUCCAUUAUCGAUUAGAGAUCCUUGAUCAAGAUCACAGAGUAUUGCUAUUAAGUAACACUAAUUACAGAUCAAAUAUUGACAACUAUUAAAGGAUCACUAUAGGGUCAGGAACACAAACAUGUAUUCCUGACCCCAGGGUCGGACUGGGAAAAAAAUUAGGCCCGGGCAUUUUUCAAUUAGAGCAGCCCCCCAAGAACGGGGCGGGGCCAGAGAGGGUGUGUUUUGUCAUCACUAAUGACAAGUACGCCCCUUCUGAAAGUGAGCAUGUUGGUUCAAUGCGCAGAGCCCCGCUGAAGAGCUCUAGCAUUAGAAAAUGGCCCUGUAUUUGUUCUGCGCAGCGCAAGCAAAUGUAAUAACAUGCUUGCGCUGUGUUUGCUUUUAAAUUGUCUCUGGUGUCUCCACAAGUGGGAUACCAGAGGAUAAAAGGGCCAAGAAAGUGUAUGGUGCAUGUGUUUGGCGCAUGCUUGUGGGAUUGCCUGUGUGUGUAGAGUGUGGUGUGGUAUUGUGUAAAUAGGUCAAUUUUGUGGUGUAAUAUGUGUGACUAGGGGCUGUAGAGAGUGCGUGUAUAGGGGCAUAGUGUUAUAGGGGAUGUAGCGAGUGUGUACAUACGGGCUGUAGUGUGUGUGUAUAGGUGACGUAGUGUGUGUUGGGGUUGUAGAGAGGGUGUGUUUAGAGAAUGUUGUAUGUGUUUGCUUACAAGGAAUGUAGUGUGUGUGUAGGUGGUGCAGUGUGUGUGUAAGAGAUCUAGUGUGUAAAGGACCCAGAGUGUGUAUAGAAGAUUGUGUGUGUGUGUGUAGAGGAUUAAGAGUGCAUAUAGGGUAAGGGAUCUAGCGUGUAUCUGGAGCGUAAUGUGUGUAGUGGUGCUGUAGUGUGUGUGUGUAUAUAUAUUUAGAAUAUAUUUGGACGUAUUGUAUGUGUAAGGUGCGCAGUGUGUUUGUGUAAGAGGGGUGCUGUGUGUGAGGGUGUUUUUAUCUGCCGUCACAUUCUAGGUUUCUAAAUUUUCUUUGUCUGUUAACUCAUUGAGGGUUAUUAUAUAUAUUUAUAUGUGUGUGUGUGUGUGUGCUGUAUAUGUGUGGGAGUGAGGGUGCUGUCUGCGUCUGAGGGUGUUGUGUGUGUCUGGGGGUGCUGUGUGUGUCUGGGGUGCUGUGUGUGUCUGGGUGUUCUGUGUGUGUUUAGGGGUGCUGUGUGUGUCUGGGGGUGCUGUGUGUGUCAGAGGGUGCUGUGUGUGCCUGAGGGUUCUGUGUGUGUCUGGGGGUGGUGUGUGCGUCUGUCUGGGUGCUGUGUGUGUCUGGGGGUGCUGUGUGUGUCUGGUGGCUGUUAGGGAAUUUAUUUUAAAUAUUUUUUUUUAUUAAUAAUUUUUUUUUUUAAAGUUAUGUGUCCCUCCCUUCUUACCUUUAUCCUGGGAGGGGUGGAGGAGAUUCGUUCUGCCUGGGGGGGGAGGAGAUCCGUUCUGCCAUCCUUCCCUGGUGGUCCAGUGGUGAGAGUGAACUCUAACCUGCAGGCUAGAGUUCACUCUCGUGAGAUCUGAGCGUUGCCGUGGUAACCGCGGCAACGCUCAGAAUCCCGCGAGAGGACCUGGCGGAGCUGCUUGUUAGAGCUCCGCCGGUCCUCUCCUGCUUCCCUCCCUCCCCAGCCGGCGGCCGCAUCUCCAUGCCUCUGGGCUGGUGAGGGAGAUCUUUGAUCUCCCCACCGGCCCAUGGAGGCAAACAGCAUGGCUGGCGCUCGGGUAGCGCUGGCCCUGCAGGGCUCUAACAGGGGAGAUUCUGUGAUCUCCCCUGCCGGCCUCGGCCACCGCGGCCCACCGGGCAUUUGCCCGGUAUGCCCGAUGGCCAGUCCAGGCCUGCCUGACCCUAUAGUGUUAACACCACCAUCUGGGCCCCUCAUGCCUCCAUAAAUAUAGCAAAAUCUUACUGUAUUCAAGCCUGAAGCUGUAACUCUGCAUGCUGUUAGACUCAGAAAAACAAGCAGUCUGCUGACAUCAUCAGAAGUGGUAGCCUGAUCCAAUCACAGUGCUUCCCCAUAGGAUUGGCUGAGACUGACAAAGAGGCAGAUCAGGGGCAGAGCCAGCAUGAUUCAAACACAGCCCUGGCCAAUCAGCAUCUCCUCAUAGAGAUGAAUUGAAUCAAUGAAUCUCUAUAAGGAAAGUUCAGUGUCUGCAUACAGAGGGAGGAGAUACUGAAUGUUUGGAUGCAUUUUAGGCAGACAUGACCCAGGAAGGAUCUCUAACAGCCAUCUAAGGUGUGGCCAGUGAAGUUAUCACUAGGCUGUAAUGUAAACACUGCAUUUUCUCUGAAAAGACAGUGUUUACAGCAAAAAGCCUGAAGGGAAUAAUUCUACUCACCAGAACAAAUUCAAUAAGCUGUAGUCGUUCUUGUGACUAUAGUGUCCCUUUAACUAACAGCAUGGAAAGGUUGUGCAGACAGAAUAAAAUAUGCAUGCAACAAAUUGAUUCUAGGUUUAUCUAAUGGGCAUUACUAGGCAGUGUGUAGUGGUAGGGUCCUACUAGAAGAGGGGGAACAAAGAUGGUCAUGUGCCAUACUACGUAUGUGAUGUCCUUUUGAUGUACAAGGUUGUUACUCUUAUGAUUCAGCUGAAUAGAAAUUAACCACUUCAUUAAGCUGCACUUACUGCCCACUUUGUGUUUGUGACCAAGUGGCUACUAAAAAAGACUGGAUAUACCCCAUUUGCAAUACCUUGGGUUGUCUACUUUUGCAAAUGGUAUGCCAUCAUGGGGGUAAUUCUUAUUCCUGGACUACCAUACGGUCUCAAAGGCAACAUAACUAAUCUGGCAAAUUUCAAUGUGAAAAAAUUGAAAAAUGUAACAUGCUAUAUUUGACCCUGUAACUUCCCAAAACACCAUAAAACCUGUAUAUAGGGGGUACUGUUUUAUAUGUGAGACAUUGCUGAAUACAAAUAUGAGUGUUUUAUUGCAGUAAAAGCAAGCAGUAUUAUGACAUUCACUGUUAAAAUGUCAUGUAGAACUAAAAAAAAAAAAAGUUAAAUUCUUAUUUUCUUCCAUGUUUUUAUAUUUUAUUCAUAUUAAAUUAUGUUUCAUACCUAAAUACCUGUUUCCCCUGAAUAAAAUUAUGUAUAAUAAGUGUGGGUGCACAUAAUAAGAGGCGAAUUACGCCUAAACAGACAUAUAGCGCAAAUUCAAGAUUCUGUUUAUGUUUUGAUAACAACGCAUACAUUAGGCUUAGUCCUUAAGGGGUUAAGAGGACCCGAACAAUAUGUCCUUUAGAAGGAUAGGAACUAGCUCUCUCAGUGUGAGCAGGAUAGUUCCAAUCUCUAUACAGGACCUGACCACUAGGGGCAAAAAGGUCCUUUAGAUAGAAGGAUAGGAACUAGCUUACUCACACUGAGCAAGCUACUUCCUAUCCUCAGAAAGGACAUGGUCCUUCUAUGUACUGGAUAGGAACUAGACUCAUGUAUGGCUUCAAAAUCCACACGCACUCACUUUUAAGAACAGUUUCUCCGGUGUUUAGAACUCUUGUGUUAUGUCUACAGUCUAGGUGACCCUCACUUUUCAGAAUGUUUCUCUAGUGUUUAGAACUGUGCGUCCUGUCUUCAGUCUAGGUGACACGCAGGACCGGAAGUGCCGCAGUUUCCUGGGAGGGUCUCAGUGUCUCCGGCUCCCGGUUUGUGAUCUCCACUCUGUCAUGGCUUCAAGGUUACUGUUCCGCAGCGCUGUUCGGGCCCUCACCCGGACCGGUACCGUCCGUGCUGCAGCCCCGGUUCGCAGCAUGGCUGCUGGCGGUGAGUAUUUAGACAGCUUUCUGUGUGCCAGGACCUCAAUGACUACAUAGGUCAUCAUUGAAUGGAAAAGCCAGCAAUGGCCCAGAGAAGCAUGGACGUCGGUCUCCACCCGAAAUAUACCCAAUAAAGGCCUUUUUAUACAAUCAGAUCGGCAUUAAUAUUACAUGAUAAUAUACUCGUAAUGUUUUUUUUAAGAAUUAUAAAGUGUAUAUAGACUUCAUUGUAAAAAGUGUACAUAUUAAUGCUAGUGUCUUCGAGUUAUUAUGGAGUAUUUUCUGAUUUGUCAUGAAUGAAUAACUUUCAGUGGAGAUAAUGGGAAUUUGGGAAUGGAUUUCAUGGUGUCUGUGUUGGUUUUUCACUAAUCUGGGAAUUGUGUGGAAAACAAGGAAUUGCACAUUGUAAAACAAAGUCUAGCGUUUUCUUGAUCAAUUAUUUGUCCUAAAAGUUCCAAUUCAUUUGGUAAACUCACAAUUCUAUGUUUAGUGAAUAAUGCUAUUGAAGUGUAGCCUGGAAAGUAUUAUUUUUGAGGUGUUGAUUGAAGUUCAGAUAUCAAAAGCCAGUUGGCCAUCUUGUCUAUUUCAUUGUUCAAAUGUCUGCUUCCAGAAGAAAGGAAGUGGUGCAUUGUUCCCUACUUGGUUUCUUCAGCUCCUGGUAACUUUCUCUAACAGAUGCCUGCAUUGCUGGUGUACUCUUGCACAUGUGCAAGUGUACAAAACUGGCUGAUACUGCAAGACUUUUGGAUUUUCUAUAGAUCUCACAUAUGCAGUGAAGUGUUAUAAACAUGCUAUCCUUUUUGUAAGAAAUCCUUAUAUGAAAAGUUCAAAGGUGAGCUUGCCACUUUCCUAAUUUGUUAUUGUAUAUUAUCACAAUGCAAAAAUUAUAUUAUCUGAAUCAGCAAGUGAUACAGUGGAAACAAAGGUAACAUUUUAAAGGGUUAAGCCAGGCAUAGGCAACCUUCAGCACUUCAGUUGUUUUGGACUAUACCUCCCUUAAUGCUUUGCCAGCAUUAUGGGUGUAAGAGCAUUAUGAGGGAUGUAGUCACAACAUCUGGAGUGCCGAAGAUUGCCUACCCUAGGGUUACGCCAACCACCAUGACCACUUCUGCUUUUUGAAGUGGUCAUGGUGGUAGUAGUCUGGGUGUGCAGUGUUUCAGCUUGAAACUGGCACCAGCAAACGUCAUAUUGUCAGCCCUGAACUCUUUUUUUUUUUUUUUUUGCCUACCCAAUGUCAAUUCUGUGCAUAUUUAAGGUGGUAAUUAUUGCAGUUUUUUAAAAAUGCAUUAAUUAUCUGCUAGGGCUAACGCCUCCUCUAGUGGCUAUUAGACAGCUACCAGAGGGUCUUCCAGGCUUGAAGGGCGACUUUUGGUUGCCUAAACGACGCUACUCCAUAUUAAUUCUUCUUGACCUCUCCGCUGCUUUUGACACUGUUCAUCAUGUUCUCCUUCUCCAAACUCUUCUAUCACUCUGUCUCUGUGACUCUGUCCUCUCAUGGUUUUCCUCCUAUCUCUCCCAACGCUCAUUCAGCGUCUCCUUUUCUAAUGAUACCUCCACCGUUCGUCCUGUCUCAGUUGGAGUCCCUCAAGGCUCUGUCUUUGGUCCCCUUCUUUUUUCUCUUUACACUGCCUCUCUUGGCAAGCUUAUUACCUCUUUUGGAUUCAAAUACCACCUGUAUGCUGAUGACACCCAGAUAUAUAUCUCCUCCCCAGACCUCUCCCCUGAUGUCUUGCAACAUGUCACCUCUUGCCUUUCUUAUAUCUCUAAUUGGAUGUCCUCCCGCUUUCUGAAACUGAAUCUUUCCAAAACAGAACUUCUUGUCUUUCUUCCUAAUAUUAAUCCUCCUCUCUCGCUCUCCCUUCGGAUUGGUGGUACCCAUAUCAGCCCAUCCUUACAAGCACGUUGUCUUGGUGUUACUUUUGAUUCUGACCUCACAUCUGGUCUGUUGUCAAAUCAUGCCAAUUCCACCUCAAAAACAUCGCCCGCAUCCGCCCCUUUCUUACACAAGAUGCCACUAAAGAGCUUGUCCAUGCUCUAAAAAUCUCUCGCAUGGACUACUGUAACUCUCUCCUAAUUGGUCUUCCCAAUAGCCGUAUUUCCCCGCUACAGUCUGUGAUGAAUGCUGCCGCCAGACUGAUUUUCCUCUCUAGUCGGUCCUUUCACACCUCACCCCUCUGUCAGUCCUUACAUUGGCUUCUUGUAACCUAUAGAAGUCAAUUCAAAGUGCUAACCCAUACCUAUAAAGCACUGAAUAAUCUUAGCCCCUCAUAUAUCCUCACAGAUCCAUAGGUAUGCCCCUUCUCUGUCUCUCCGCUCUGCCCGUGACCUUCUUCUGUCCGCUUGUAACUCACGCUUGCAGGACUUUUCGCGGGUGGCUCCCGUCCUAUGGAAUAGCCUGCCUACCGCCAUCAGACUCUCCCCUAGUAUUCAAUCAUUUAAGAAGUGCCUUAAAACUCAUUUCUUUAGGAAAGCCUAUGGUCUCCCAGACUAACCUCUACCUCACAUACCUGUCUCUUGCUCUCUCCUAAAGGGCAGCAUGCUACUCUCUCCUCCAGCUCUGCUUCACUCCCACCUAUUUUGACUUCUAUUCCCUGUCCUAAUGUGUUUCAUACCCCACCUCCUAUAGACUGUAAGCUCGUUUGAGCAGGGCCCUCUUCAACCCUUCGUUUCUGUGAGUUUUAUUGUAAUUGUCCUAUUUAUAGUCAAAUCCCCCCUCUAAUAAUAUUGUAAAGGGCUACGGAAUCUGUUGGGGCUAUAUAAAUCGAAUAAUAAUACAUCCUCACACUAUGCAUGAGGACUCCCAGCGUCACCAGAAUCCCCAUAGGAAAGCAUUGAAUAAUCUAAUGGCCGAGCAUGUGCAUUAGGUCUCCUGAGCUAGCGCUGAAGGACAUCAGUGCUGGACCCAGGUAAGUGACAGAAGGGGCUAUUAACACCUUCUGCACCACAGGGGUGGGCCUUGACAAAGGGGGAAGAGAUAGUGCCAGAGAAACGAGUUUGUUUUCCUGACACUAUAUUUUCCCUUUAAUCUGUCAUUUGAAAGUACAGCAGUGUAACUGCAUAGCUCAGAAUAGUUUGCUCUGAAAUGUAACUCUGUUUUCUAGAUUAUAGCAAAAUCAGGUGAUUGUGCUCAUUUCUGACAAUAAACACAUAAUAUAUUCAGUAAGCCGUUAAGUGUAGAGAAUGGAAAAUCUAUGCAGCAUUAGCAGAUAAGGAAAAAAAUCCACUACUCCUCUAUAAACUAAGCUUGCUUAUUUUAUCCUCAAAUUUGCUGUUCAGAUUUUCAUUUUCUAUGUAUGCAGAGUGACAUACUAAUUUAUUGCUUUAUAUUUCUCAAUUAUACUAAGAUUAAUCCACUGUAAAAUUGAUGUAUAUUAUGUUUUUAUGCAGGAAUCGCAAGUGACGCGGAACAAGCUACUGGCUUAGAGAAAGAGAUAAUGACUGCACAGGCACAUGGCAUAGUAAGUGAUAUGUAUACAUCCUACCAGUGGCGCCUGGUGAAGUCUUGAGGUGGUGGUGCAGCAGACUCCUCCCCCUAGAAUUUUUUUCACCCUGUAACAUUGUAACCACAAUCUUCUCACUUCAUACAAUAUGCAGUCAUCUACAAUGCAAAGAGAUGCAUAUACAAUAUAACGAACCCAGUGCAAUAAGGAUAUACUGGUACAAUACACAGUUGUUGGUGUAAUACAGAGAUACCCAUUUAUUACACACAGAUGGGCAUAGUGCAAAUAUACCUAUUAAGCAUAAAACUAGAUAGAUUAGAGACACCAAAAACAGGUAGAGCUGAUUAAAAUAAGUAGAUGCAACACAGAGAGCUAACACAAUAAGGAAAUCUCUAUAACUACCCCAUGCAGCCAGGGUAACUGUGAUGGAUUACACAAAGCUGCACGCAGUACAGUAUUUCAGUGUAAUGUUCAGCCCUUUCUGAGUCUCUAGCUCUACUUUUUAUGAGCUCGUCUUCAGUUGUGCUUUGGCAAUGACUUAAAGGAUCACUAUAGGUUCAGGAACACAAACAUAUAUUCCUGACCCUAUAGUGUUAAAACCACCAUCUAGCCCCCCUGGGCCCUUCAUUCCUCCAUGAAUAUACUGUAUUCAAGCCUGAAGCUGUAACUCUACAUGCUGUUAGAGUCAGAAAAACAAGCAGUCUGCUUACAUCAUCAGAAAUGGUAUAGGAUUGGCUGAGACUGACAAAGAGGCAGAUCAGGGGCAGAGCCAGCACAAUUCAAACACAGCCCUGGCCAAUCAGCAUCUCCUCAUAGAGAUGAAUUGAAUCAAUGAAUCUCUAUGAGGAACAUUCAGUGUCUGCAUGCAGAGGGUGGAGACACUGAAUGUUUGGAUGCAUUUUAGGCAGCCAUGACCCAGGAUGGAUCUCUAACAGCAAUCUGAGGAGCGGCCAGUGAAGUUAUCACUAGGCUGUAAUGUAAACACUGCAUUUUCUCUGAAAGGACAAUGUUUACAGCAAAAGGCCUGAAGGGAAUGAUUCUACUCACCAGAACAAAUUCAAUAAGCUGUAGUUGUUUUGGUGACGAUAGUGUCCUUUUAAGUUUUCUAGUAAACACUGCUGUUUAAAUUUUCAACUACUCUUUACUCUCGAUUAUCUUGCAGUACUCUUUAUUACCACUGAAACUGACAAUAUGAUUAAUCUGCAGUGUCAUUAUGGAGCCAAUGAGUAGUUAAUAUGAUUUACUGAUCAGAAUCAGCUCGGUAUUCAGAAACACGUUUUAUUUUCUAUAUAUUUGAGGCAUGUUCCUCUUAGAUAUGUAAGCCUGAAAAUGUUGUAUUGUUGUAUGAGCCACCAUUAGUGUGUACAGAAUUUAACAUUCCUUCAUUUCUAACUGUUGUAAAAACUAUUUUCAGGAUCCAUAUAGUGUGCUUAAACCUCCGACAUAUGCAGGGACCAAGGAGGAUCCUCAUAUUGUUCCAUCAAUUACCAACAAGAGGAUUGUAGGUUGCAUCUGUAAGUAUACAAAACUGACAUAAUAAACUGUUAUAAUAAUAAUAAAGAUAGAAUAGUUUUUGUAUUUAACAAAUGCUAUGUAAGUUGUCGUUACCCUCUGUGGAUUUAUAUGCAUUUUAAUGUGUAUAAAACAUAUGAGACAUGCUUGUUUUUUUUUACUCUUAUUGUUGUAAAAAAAAGUGUGUAUUUUGUAGAAGAUUGGGUCUGUGAUUACAUUUUUAUUUCCUGUGCACUUUAUAGUAUUUAAAGGACCACUAUAGGCACCCAGACCACUUCAGCUUAAUGAAGUGGUCUGGGUGCCAGGUCCAUCUAGGAUUAACCCUUCUUUUUUUUAAAUAUACCAGUUUCAGAGAAACUGCUAUGUUUAUAAAUGGGUUAAUCCAGCCUCUAGUGGCUGUCUCUUGACAGCCGCUAGAGGCGCUUGCGUGCUUCUCACUGUGAUUUUCAAUGCUUUCCUAUGAACUGGCUGAAUGUGCGCGCGGCUCCUGCCAUGCAUGCGCAUUCAGCCGAUGGCGUCGCUAUGGAAGAGGAGAGCUCCCCGCCUGGCGCUGAAGAAAGGUAAGAUUUUAACCCCUUUCUCUCGCCAGAGCCCAGCGGGAGGGGGACCCUGAGGGUGGGGGCACCCUCAGGGCACUAUAGUGCCAGGAAAACAAGUGUUUUCCUGGCACUAUAGUGGUCCUUUAAGCACGAUUUGAAAUCUGGCUAAAACACCAGUCAGCUAAUCCAUUUGAUAUCAGUUGGAUGUUUUUUCCCUCUACUCUUUCCAAAGAUCCCUUCAUAAGUUGUUUACAAUUCUGUCUUCUUUCUAUAAAAUAUUUCCCUUGUAUCAUCCUUAUUUAGUAGGGCUUUAUCUGGGCAAAACGUGAUCUAUAAUUUAACACAUUUUGUGUAUUGUGUCAAAUUUAUAAAGUUACAAUAAAUGAAACCUACAUAUGUUUUUCAAUACAUUUAUUUUAAGCAGUGAUGUCAGUUUUUUAGUAUUUCAUAAAGAUAAAAUCCAUAUGAAACACUGAUCAAGACUGUGCUGGAAUUUCAUGAACAUUCCAAUACAAUCCAAACAUAUCAGAAGAAACUUUGUCUUAUGAUAAAUGUGCAGUUUUCAAAAGGCAGAGAUCUGCCGUCAACUUUUGUUUAAUUUCAGCAGUUGUCUCAAGUGACUGCUGUGGGAUAUAAAUAUCGAUCUAUGGAGUCUCCUGCAGGAUCCUCCAUAGACCUCAGUGCUUUACUCUCGUGCAAAUAAAGUGCCAGGUGCUGAAGAGGUAAGCAGGAUGAAGAUGGCAGCAGCCACAAGGGGUGGCUUGAGAUAAAUAAAGAUUGCCUUCCCCUGCAUCCAGCGACCACCAGACUGUCACCUGGAUCUGUCUUUUUUGGGGGGUCUUUGUGAAAUAUGCAAAGACCCUGAAAGUGACAGAUCGUCUUUAACAUGCAGUUGUUAUAAAUCUAGACUUAAAAUGGAAACUGCAUCAUUUGUUGAUGUAAUGACCAAAAUACAAAAAAAUAUAAAAUUUGGAACUGUCAAUUCUAUCUUGUACAGGUUACUCUGACUACUUUUACAUUUAUAAGUGGUCGUGAUGGUAGAAGUCUGUGUGUGCAGCAUUUCUGCUGGAAACACUGCAUAUACAGAGUAAUCUGCUCUUUUGUGCUACUGCUAGUUCCUAAUGCCAAUUCUGUGCCAAAAAUUACAGUUGUAAUGUGCUUCUCCCUUGUAAUUGUAAAAAACAAUUGUACAUGGAGUACUAUUGCUAUCUGAAGAGUGUUUUUUUUGUUCAGGACCUGUCGCCUUCAGUGUAGAGUUACAUAAAUUACAAUGCAAGUUUAGAAUGUGUGAAAUACAUGCUUACACGUAGGGGGAGUUUUUUUUUUUUUUUUUAUCAGCUGUCAUCUCUGAAAAAUGAUUGUGGUCAACUAUGUCAGAAGUUGGCAUAGUUGUUUGGGCCUGUUAAACAUACAGAGUUCAAUUCAGCACCCAUAUUAAGCAUCACGUUACCUCUGUCUACACUUUGUUAUUGAUAUCUCAGCUCUGCAAAUACAAAUCUAUAUUGAACCCAGCAUUCAGAAAAUAAUCUCAGAACUGUGUAGUAACACAUGCUAAUCACAGAGUUAAUUUUGAUUUAUAAUUUCCAUUUGCAGGUGAGGAAGAAAACACAUGUGCAGUCUGGUUCUGGCUUCAUGAGGGAGAGGCUCAGCGCUGUCCAUCCUGUGGUUCCCAUUACAAGUUGGUUUCACACCAUCUCUCCCAUUAACAAACAUUGCUUACCUGUGCUGUAGGUUUACCCAAAAGCUCCCAUUUUAUGUUGAGUUUACAAUAUUGUGUACUGUAUCUUAAUUCCACGUGGCUUGGGACCAUUAAUAAAAUUCAGCUUUCCAGCCUCCUUAUUUAAUGUCUGGGUAUUUGUUUAAGAUUUCUAUUAUGACAAAGGGAGAAGUAAGGGAAAUGCUUUGAAGUCUUGUGAACAUGACCUACAGUGCCUUGCAAAAGUAUUUACCCCCCUUGACUUUUUACCUAUUUUGUUACAUUAGUCUUAAGUUCAAUGUUUUAUUAAUCUGAAUUUUAUGUGAUGGAUCAGAACACAAUAGUCUGUUGGUGAAGUGAAAUGAGAGAAAUAUAUAAAUAAAACUAUUUUUUAGAAAUAGAAAACAGAAAAUUGGCAUGUGUGUAUGUAUUCACCCCCUUUGUUAUGAAGCCCAUAAAAAGCUCUGGUGCAACCAAUUACCUUCCGAAGUCACAUAAUUAGUGAAAUGAUGUCCAACUGUGUGCAAUCUAAGUGUCACAUGAUCUGUUAUUUCAUAUACACACCUUUUUUGAAAGGCCCCAGAGGCUGCACCACUAACCAAACUCUGCCAUGAAGACCAAGGAACUCUCCAAACAAGCAAAGGACAAUGUUGUUGAGAAGUACAAGUCAGAGUUAGGUUAUAAAAAAAAAAUAAAAAAUAAAUCCAAAUCUUUGAUGAUCCCCAGGAGCACCAUCAAAUCUAUCAUAACCAAAUGGAAAGGACAUGGCACAACCGCAAACCUGCCAAGAGACGGCCGUCGUCCAAAACUCACGGACUGGGCAAAGAGGGCAUUAAUCAGAAAGGUAGCACAGUGACCUAAGGUAACCAUGGAGGAGCUGCAGCAUUCCACAGCAGAGACUGGAGUAUCUGUACAUAAGACGACAAUAAGCCGUACGCUCCAUAGAGUUGGGCUUUAUGGCAGAGUGGCCAGAAGAAAGCCAUUACUUUCAGCAAAAAACAAAAUGGCACAUUUUUGAGUUUGUGAAAAGGCAUGUGGGAGACUCCCAAAAUGUAUGGAGGAAGGUGCUCUGGUCUGAUGAGACUAACAAUGUACAUUUCGGCCAUCAAAGAAUACGCUGGCGCAAACCCAACACAUCACCCAAAGAACACCAUCAUGCUGUUGGGAUGUUUUGCAGUAGCUGGGAAUGGGAAACUGGUCAGAGUUGGAUGGUGCUAAAUACAUGGAUAUUCUUGCGCAAAACCUGUACCACUCUGUGCGUGAUUUAAGGCUAGGCUGGAGGUUCACCUUCCAGCAGGACAGUACCAAACACACUGCUAAAGCAACACUUGGGUGGUUUAAGGGGAAACAUGUAAAUGUGUUGGAAUGGCCUUGUCAAUGCCCAGACCUCAAUCCAAUAGAAAAUCUGUG